AUGAGCCAGCCCCUUGGGAUAACUAACACCACAGAGACAUCCAAAGAGAGAGACUGGCAGAUCAAAGAAGUUAAAGAUGAAAGUGAGGCUGAGAGUGAUGUGGUGCUGCCUGCAACACAUCACAGGUCACUGGAUGAUGACACACGUGUCACCUGACAACAGUCUUGCUUGAAAUGGGAUAAGGUACAUUUGAGACUUUGCAUUAGACUUAUUCAGAGCCACAUAUGUGUCUGCCUUAUGAAGCUAACAGAUGGUGAGGAAAACAAUAGUGAAUUGUUCUGGCAUACUAUGUUGUGAUUAUAAUCUGUUUUGCCAAACUUUUUACUUCUUUCCACCAAUGUUGGCAGGUUUUUAAAGCUCCUCUCCUCAUCCUAGCAAUGUGUCUUGUCUGGUGGUUCAGUGGUUGCCAGAUUUUGAUUUCUUUGCGCAGGAAAAACAUAACCUAUCAUCAGGUUCUAACCUUCACACCAGAGUAACCUGAACCAUCCACCCCAUUUAAACCUCCUCUUAUUAUGUCUCACUGAACUGUAACCUGUAACCUUCGGUCUAUAUAUGAAUAGAUGCCUUCUCCUCUUGGGUUCUGCCUUCUAUUUUCUCUGUUUUUGUGAUAUGGCCUCAUGGGUCACAGAUUAGGCUAGGUUUGUUGUGCCUGUCGCUCUCUAGAAGGCAGUAGAAGAGUCACAGUCAACUGCCACGUUCCAAGCAAUAACUUGUUUGCUCUAAACAAAAUUCCUUCAAGCAGUAGGCGGGACGGAAGUGUGCGUUGGUUUUGUAUUUACAUUCAACAUUUUACUUAUUUAGCAGAUGCUCUUAUCCAGAGCUCUUGUCCCCGGUGGGAGUCGAACCCACAACCCUGGAGUUGCAAGCGCCAUGCUCAACCAACUAAGCUACACGGGACCUUUUAUCUUCUCUAUAUUGAUUUGGGGGGGAUGGAAGCAGUUGCCCUGUCUGGACAGCUGGCUGAGGGGAUAGAGCAGACUUCCACUGUAGUGAAUUCUAUGCAGUGGUGGAAAAAGUACUGUUGAUGAUCACAAGUUUACUGGAGAACGGAGACCAAGUAGAGACUUUCGGACAAGGUGGAUAAUUGUAUAAUAUAAGGCAGUUUAUUCAGAGGUAAAGAUAUCUGUAAAUAGCGUGCACGGACCCGUUCGUCAAUCUCGUAGGGAGAUAUCUGAGAGAGCCCCUAAACAUUGUGUGCUGACAUUUUAUACAAUAAAAUGAAGUAGGUUGAUUCUAGUAGUUCUGAUCUUCUGAUUGGUCCUGAUGAGUUGGGCGAGGUCACCUCCAGGCUAGUGUCACUGUUGCAUUGGCUCUGAGUCGGGUUCUCUGUCUUCAGAUGUUCAGCCUAAGAGAAGAGGAUUUGUGUGUGUGUGUGUGUGUGUGUAUGUGUGUGUAUGUGUGUGUGUGUGUAUGUGUGUGUUUAACAGUGGUGUGUGUGUGUGUGUGUGUUUAUCAGUGGUGUGUGUGUGUGUGUGUGUGUGUGUGUGUGUGUGUGUUUAUCAGUGAUGAUGUGUGUGUGUGUGUGUGUGUGUGUGUGUGUGUGUGUCCUCAGAGCAAGAACUCGUGAGUUGGAAGAACUGAGAGACCUAUGGCGUGGGUGUUGUCCAUAGCCACCUGCUGAUAAGGCUGACAAGAUAGAAGUCUUUUGUGCAUUGUAUUAAAUACAAAGGCCCAACACAAGAUGGGUCAUGCACAAGAUUUUAGUCAGACCAAGCUAUAACAUUAUAUAUUUACUACGACAGUACCCAAUUGUCAUACUUGGGUACAAGUAACAUUACCUUAAUAGAAAAUGACUCAAGUCACCCAGUAAAAUACUACUUGAGUAAAAGUCUAAAAAUAUUUGGUUUUAAAUAUACUUAAGUAUGCCAAGUAAAUGUAAUUAUGUAUGAAAAAUGUAUGCACUCACUAACUGUAAGUCGCUCUGGAUAAGCGUGUCUGCUAAAUGACAAAAAUGUAAUGUAAAAUGUAAUUUCUUAAGUAUCAAAAGUAAAAGUGUAAAAUGCCACCAUUCUAGUUUUUUAAAUUGAUGGAUAGCCCGGGGCACACUCCAACUUAAUUUACAAACAAAGCAUUUGUGUUUAGUGAGUCCGCCAAAUCAGAGGCAGUAGGGAUGACCAGGGAUGUUCUCUUGAUAAGUGUGUGAAUUGGACCAUUUUCCUAUCCUGCCAAGCAUUCAAAAUAUAACGAGUACUUUUGGGUGUCAUGGAAAAUGUAUGGUGUAAAAAGUACAUAAUUUCCUUUAGGAAAGUAUCGAAGUAAAAGUUCUCAGAAAGACAAAUAGUAAAGUACAGAUACCCCCAAAAACUAUUUUUACUUAAGUACUUUACACCACUGACUCUAUGGCAUGAGCCAUAAUAACAUCAGCAUUGGCCUUAUCUCAAGAAAAAGCUGUCAUUUUUGUUGGACCAGACUUUGGGGCUAUUUCAGUCUGAGAAACCACUGCAAAUCUCUAGGAUUGAGAAUGAGGGGCAAUAAUGUCCACAGCACAAUAUACUGUGACUUGCUGCAAAGGGACUGGUUUUAUAUCUGACACACACACCAGGAGAUGGUGUGUUUAAGUCUGCUGAGAGAGACUAGACCACCCUGACUGAACAGAGAGUAGAGGAGAAGACUGGGUGGGUAUUUACCUAAACACCCUGUGAAGCAUGUUAUCACUGCAGUAGCCUGGAGUAGUUAACCCCUUGACAGACUGGACAUGGGCUUGUGUUGUGUAUAUUUAGAUACUUAGAUGACCUAUGACCUCUUCUUUGUAAUGAUGAGGAAGGGGCAAUCCCAGACCCUGUGGUGGAAUGUGUUUAGUUCAUUGGUGGUCUUGAUAUACAGGCCAAGCUGUAAUAUUGUUUCUUUGAUAUUCUGGAGAACUAUGGUUUUGUUAUUUUAGGCUGUAGAGACUGCUAUUAUGCAAUAUUACAAUAUAUUAAUUGCUAAGUUAUGUUUACUUGUAGGUCUAUGUCGCUAUCCUGCGUCUGUAUGCCCCUAGUUGGUGAUAUGGAUCUUGUAUCGUUCCUUUAAGACUGCUGGGUCUCAACAUUCUGUAUCAGUAGGAUACUACUAGGCAGGAGCAGAAGGUAAUCUACAGUGAGGGAAAACAGUAUUUGAUCCUCUGCUGAUUUUGUACGUUUGCCCACUGACAAAGAAAUUAUCAGUCUAACUUUAAUUGGUAGGUUUAUUUGAACAGUGAGAGACAGAAUAACAACCAAAAAAAUCCAAAAAAACUCAUGUCAAAAAUGUUAUAAAUUGAUUUGCAUUUUAAUGAGGGAAAUAAGUAUUUGACCCCCUCUCAAUCAGAAAGAUUUCUGUCUCCCAGGUGUCUUUUUUACAGGUAACGAGCUGAAGGGACUCUUAAAGGGAGUGCUCCUAAUCUCAGCUUGUUACCUGUAUAAAAGACACCUGUCCACAGAAGCAAUCAAUCAGAUUCCAAACUCUCCACCAUGGCCAAGACCAAAGAGCUCUCCAAGGAUGUCUGGGACAAGAUUAUAGACCUACACAAGGCUGGAAUGGGCUACAAGACCAUCGCCAAGCAGCUUGGUGAGAAGGUGACAAUAGUUGGUGCGGUUAUUCGCAAAUGGAAGAAACACAAAAUAACUGUCAAUCUCCCUCGGCCUGGGGCUCCAUGCAAGAUCUCACCUCGUGGCGUUGCAAUGAUCAUGAGAACGGUGAGGAAUCAGCCCAGAACUACACGGGAGGAUCUUGUCAAUGAUUCACUCACCACCUUCCGGAGACAUUUGAAACCCCACCUCUUUAAGGAAUACCUGGGAUAGGAUAAAGUAAUCCUUCUACCCCCCCCUCCCCCCUUACCCCACCCAAAAAAAUAAAAAAAUAAACAUUAAGGUGAAUGAACCAAUUUGUAUGUCGCUCUGGAUAAGAGCGUCUGCUAAAUGACGUAAAUGUAAGGCAGCUGGGACCAGUCACCAAGAAAACAAUUGGUAACACACUACGCCGUGAAGGACUGAAAUCCUGCAGCGCACGCAAGGUCCCCCUGCUCAAGAAAGCACAUACAGUGGGGAGAACAAGUAUUUGAUACACUGCCGAUUUUGCAGGUUUUCCUACUUACAAAGCAUGUAGAGGUCUGUAAUUUUUAUCAUAGGUACACUUCAACUGUGAGAGACGGAAUCAAAAAUCCAGAAAAUCACAUUGUAUGAUUUUUAAGUAAUUAAUUUGCAUUUUAUUGCAUGACAUAAGUAUUUGAUACAUCAGAAAAGCAGAACUUAAUAUUUGGUACAGAAACCUUUGUUUGCAAUUACAGAGAUCAUACGUUUCCUGUAGGUCUUGACCAGGUUUGCACACACUGCAGCAGGGAUUUUGGCCCACUCCUCCAUACAGACCGUCUCCAGAUCCUUCAGGUUUCGGGGCUGUCGCUGGGCAAUAUGGACUUUCAGCUCCCUCCAGGACCUUGAGAUGCUUCUUACGGAGCCACUCCUUAGUUGCCCUGGCUGUGUGUUUCGGGUCGUUGUCAUGCUGGAAGACCCAGCCACGACCCAUCUUCAAUGCUCUUACUGAGAGAAGGAGGUUGUUGGCCAAGAUCUCGCGAUACAUGGCCCCAUCCAUCCUCCCCUCAAUAGGGUGCAGUCGUCCUGUCCCCUUUGCAGAAAAGCAUCACCAGAGAAUGAUAUUUCCACCUCCAUGCUUCACGGUUGGGAUGGUGUUCUUGGGGUUGUACUCAUCCUUCUUCUUCCUCCAAACACGGCGAGUGGAGUUUAGACCAAAAAGCUCUAUUUUUGUCUCAUCAGACCACAUGACGUUCUCCCAUUCCUCCUCUGGAUCAUCCAGAUGGUCAUUGGCAAACUUCAGACGGGCCUGGACAUGCGCUGGCUUGAGCAGGGGGACCUUGCGUGCGCUGCAGGAUUUUAAUCUAUGACGGCGUAGUGUGUUACUAAUGGUUUUCUUUGAGACUGUGGUCCCAGCUCUCUUCAGGUCAUUGACCAGGUCCUGCCGUGUAGUUCUGGGCUGAUCCCUCACCUUCCUCAUGAUCAUUGAUGCCCCACGAGGUGAGAUCUUGCAUGGAGCCCCAGACCGAGGGUGAUUGACCGUCAUCUUGAACUUCUUCCAUUUUCUAAUAAUUGCGCCAACAGUUGUUGCCGUCUCACCAAGCUGCUUGCCUAUUGUCCUGUAGCCCAUCCCAGCCUUGUGCAGGUCUCAAAUACUUGUGUAUCAAAUACUUGUUCUCCCCUCUGUAUACAGGACCGUUUGAAGUUUUCCAAUUAACAUAUGAAUGAUUCAGAGGAGAACUGGGUGAAAAAUUUUGUGGUCAGAUGAGACCGAAAUCGAGCUCUUUGGUAUCAACUCAACUCGCCGUGUUUGGAGGAGGAGGAAGGCUGCCUAUGACCCCAAGAACACCAGCCCCACUGUCAAACAUGGAGGUGGAAACAUUAUGCUUUGGGGUCAAAUCUUGGGUGAGAACCUCCUUCACUCAGCCAGGGCAUUGAAAAUGGGUCGUGGAUGGGUAUUGCAGCAUGACAAUGACCCAAAACACACGGCCAAGGCAACAAAGGAGUGGCUCAAGAAGAAGAACAUUAAGGUCCUGGAGUGGCCUAGCCAGUCUCCAGACAUUAAUCCCAUAGAAAAUCUGUGGAGGGAGCUGAAGGUUCGAGUUGCCAAACGUCAGCCUCAACCUCAAUGACUUGGAGAAGAUCUGCAAAGAGGAGUGGAACAAAAUCCCUCCUGAGAUGUGUGCAAACCUGGUGGCCAACUACAAGAAACGUCUGACCUCUGUGAUUGCCAACAAGGGUUUUGCCAAGUCAUGUUUUGCAGAGGGGUCAAAUACUUAUUUCCCUCAUUAAAAUGCAAAUCAAUUUAUAACAUUUUUGACAAUGCGUUUUUCUGGAUUUAUUUGUUGUUAUUCUGUCUCUCACUGUUCAAAUAAACCUACCAUUAAAAUUAUAGACUGAUCAUGUCUUUGUCAGUGGGCAAACGUACAAAAUCAGCAGAGGAUCAAAUACUAUUUUCCCUCACUGUAUGUGUCAUACACACCCUCAUGCAUUAUCAUGCACAGCACACUUAGACCCUUGUGGACUUUGCACCCAACAACCUUCAGUCUUAUGAAAACACAAAACAACAGUAUUUUAAUGCUGAAUCAUAAACACAUUUACGUACACUAGGCCUAUAAUCUCCAAAGCCAUCUACCAUUAGGCCUAGCUGGGCUCCACCUUGUCCCUUGUGUGGGUUUCACUUUGAUGGACACAUGGUAUCUGUUGCUAAUGCCUGUAGCAGAACAGAGCAGAGCUGCCUGGGCUUUGAUUCUGCAGGUGGGUAGGAGCAUGGUUGAUAUUUACCACACAUUGUCUAGUCAUGCAUGGCAUUUGUUUUCCCUCUGAAGGGACCAGGUACUUCCUUCUGUUUGAAUGUAAACAAACCUGUUGACCUCGAUCUUCAGUGAUCGUUGUGGUCAGUCACCAACUGUGCUCCUGGAGAGCAAUACGUUUUGUGCAUGCUCACUGUUUUGUUCCAGCCCAACCUCCUGAUUCAACGAUCACCAAUAACUUGAUGAGUUGAAUCAGGUGUUUUAGCAUGACUCGCACACACACUAUCUGUCCAGGGUGCAUUGAUUGUGGCCAUUGGCAGCCCAGGACCUGAGGAGAGUGCACUAGAUGCUCUGUAGCUUAGAAACUGAGUUCUGUUUUGUAUCUUGUUUGAACUGGUUGGUGCUGCUGUCACAGUUUGCCCUUCAGUAAAGAGCCCCUCGUGUUGGUGAGAGCUUGUCCCGCUAAUGUGUCUCCUCUCUCUCUGUCCCCCCCCCUUCCUCCUCUGGAACACCCCUUCAUCCCAUUGCCUCAGACUGCAACAUGCUGUUGCUAUAGCAACCGUCGCUUGCCGCCGCAGUCCUGGUGUUUCUUUGCAAUACCUCUCUUUAUGUCCCCAGAUAGCGUAUAGCGUUAAAGACAUGCUCUGGUACUUUGGCGACUAGUAAGUAUUUUUUGAACCCCUCGCUUUGGGCUGGAUGUGUCAAUGUGUAGCUUAUGCAUGCAUAAUCUAUGAGCAGAUUUACUGUGUUACCACAAUUAGUCAGGAGAUCCCUAGUUUGAAAGCGUCUGUUUUCUGUAAGCUGUGCUGUGCCAUUUUUGUAAAUUUCCCCCCACAUGGGCCCAGCACCCUAGCAAUUGGAGUUCCAGCCAAUCCGAUUCAGCCCCUCGCCAUUUGAGUGACAGCUAGCAAGAAUCACAUACAGUAGAACGAGAGAGAAAUUACAUGGUGCACAUAGCUGCAAUUUUCAGGGACCACUUUUUGUUUGUGGGCGCUGCUUUCAGAACUACUGGCUAAAAAGUAUACGAAAGUACCGGGGAAUCCCUUUAACCUUUUUACUUGUGAGUUCCAAAUAUCUCUUAACGGUCCCCCCAGCGUGAGUUUUCUUAUGCACGUGAUGUCAGAAUUUACUCACUGUUCCAAAAUGUGAUUGUUACGCAACAGGACAGUUAACCCGCUCUGCCCUCAAACCCAGGAGACACUGCCUGCUAAUUAUCAAUAGGGUAUGUUUCAACUUGUCAAUUUUACAUGAUUUUCUAACCACAGUUUGAAAUGAGGUACGUUCCACCUCAUUAAUUCACAUAGAAGAAACCCAUUUCCCUGUGGCGGACAACUUAUGUUUGAGGCAUGCUAUGCUAAUGUGGGGCGAGGAUUAGCUAGAUGAGCCGGACAAACUUCUCUCUUCGAUGAGUCCAAGCACUCCACCAGUUUUUCCUCAGGUCAAGUAUGCAGAUAUUUGUGCAUCUCCAGUCAGAACAGAACCCGCCCAUAACUUUUCAGCUGGCGCCCGCAUUGCCUUCAUUGUUGUUUUCCUUACUAAUAAUUACUGUCAAAGUAAGUGCCUUAUUACCUUAUCAUAACACGAUGUACAGAAACGGUAUUAUUUAAUUUCUACUGUAGCACACCGUAUUUAUGUAUGAAGCUUAAUGUAUUCCUUUAUAACCGCGGACACACAAUGUACUGAUUUCAUAACCUUUAUGGUGUUAUACUCAAUUGUGCUUAUGUAGUUACAUUUUUCUAAUAGUUCUGUAAAACAAUGCUAAUGCUAAUGGCAUCAAAUAAGUAUUAGCUUUUGUUGUAUCCUUUGAAGCUGUCCUGGUUGUAUCAUGACCAUUACAUUGGCCUGUGUAUUCAUUUGGCCUGCAUAGCUCUGCCCUGCCCGCUUGUGGAGCCCUUGUGGAGCUCUUCAGUUAUGUUAAUGGUAAUAUUGUUUUAUUGCUAUAUCCUGAUUAUUUUCUAAUUACUAAUAAUUCCUCUUCAUUCUGUACUUUCAGAAACCACAGCGGUGUCGAUCAGAUGGAAAAAAUGUGUUCUUAUACCACUUGGUGGUUUUCCGAGUGCAUGCCACAAAGCUGUUUAUCAUGUCCGCCUUAUCCACUGCUCCAUUUUGCGAUUAUAGUCAAGCACGCAGUCUGGUUUGCUCUUUCUCUCUCCCUCCCACCAGGUGGUCCACCUUCCCUAUGGGGUUCUCUUUUCCUGUAACUCCAAGGCAUAGCGAAUGGUCUCCUCUGCUGUGUCUCCCACCAGCUCCUCUGUCAGAAACAGUUUGAAGCACUCUGCCUCAGAGGGAGAUGGCAAGAGGCUUUGCACUCCAGACUGGGACUCAUCAAAGCCAACAGCAGGGGUGAAAUGACUGGAGGCCUUCCAGCUACCACAGACCUCCUGUAUUUCACCCACUGAGCGACUUACAGGAGCAAUUAGGGUUGAGUGCCUUGCUGAAGGGCACAUCAACAGAUUUUUCACCUAGUCAGCUCGGGGAUUAGAACCAGCGACCUUUCGGUUACAUUUACAUUUACAUUUUAGUCAUUUAGCAGACGCUCUUAACCAGAGCGACUUACAGGAGCAAUUAGGGUUAAGUGCCUUGCUCAAGGGCACAUUUACGUCAUUUAGCAGACGCUCUUAUCCAGAGCGACUCACAAAUUGGUGCAUUUACCCUAUAGCCAGUGGGAUAACCACUUUACUGGCACAAUGCUCUUAACCACUAAGCUACCUGCCGGUGGUGAUGUGCCUCUAUCACCACCAGCAUCUUCAGAGGGACCUGGGACUUCGUCGGUGGGCAAGGGAUCCUCAGAUUCAGGGUUCUCAAUGCCCGUAAGAUUAAGGGACAACUCGUCACUGUCAUACUCAGAUUCAUUGUCAGAAUUUACAAAAGUAUCCUGAAUUUCUGCAUUUGUGAGUCAUCUCCUUUUGAAAGACAUUGCUAAUGCUACAGCUUAGCCCACUAGCUACAUACAUAAACAACAACCACUGAAUGGCUCCAAGUGAGUGUCAGGGAUGAUGUGAUUGGUUACUGGUGUGGUGAGACUGAUUAUUUGUCUCUGCAGAUGGUUUGUUUACAUAGCAGGUUAGGAUAAUUAACGUGGCAGGUUAGGAGAACUAACGAAGCAGGUUAGGUGAAUUAACCUCAUUCUCUUAACCUCCUACGUUAGGGUUAUGAAAAGGGUUAGGCUUAGCAACAAUGCUACAGUGGCUACAAGACACGCCCACUAGAAAGAGCUGUUGUAGGACUAGCUGCUCCAUCUAGCCACAACGGUAGAGAUGUAAACAAACCGUCUGUGGUGACAAAUCAUCAGUAUCACCGGCCACUUGUAUCAAUAAAUCACUAUCAGAAAAGGGUUUGUGUGGUAAUCGUUUCUUUAUUUACUGUUUUAUUCACGUUUUCAAGUAGUGGUGAGAAAUCAUUCAUUCCGAUUCUUGCAUAGAUUGUAAUGGACACGUGUGUAAAAUACACUAAACUAAAAAUAUAAACGCAACAUGCAACAACUUCAAAGAUUUUAAUGAGUUACAGUUAAUAUAACGAAAUCAGUCAAUUGAAAAUUGGGCCAUAAUCUAUGUAUUUCACAUGACUGGGAAUACAGAUAUGCAUCUGUUGGUCACAGAUACCUUUAAAAAAAGUUAUGGGCGUGGAUCAGAAAUCCAGUCCGUAUCUGAUGUGAACACCAUGUGCCUCAUGCAGCGCGACACAUCUCCUUCGCAUAGAGUUGAUCAGGCUGUUCAUUGUGGCCUGUGGAAUGUUUUCCCAUUAAUCCGCCAUGGAGCCGUGCAUUAUCAUGCUGAAACAUGAGGUGAUGGCGGAUUAAUGGCAUGACAAUGGGCCUAACGGUAUCUCAGUGCAUUCAAAUUGCCAUCAAUAAAAUGCAAUUGUGUUCGUUGUCCGUAACUUUUGCCUGCCCAUACCGUAACCCCACCACUACCAUGGGGCUCACUGUUCACAACGUUGACAUCAGCGAACCAUUCGCCCACACGACGCCAAACACGCUGUCUGCCAUCUGCCUGGUACAGUUGAAACCGGGAUUAAUCUGUGACGAGCACACUUCUCCAGCGUGCCAGUGGCCAUCGAAGGUGAGCAUUUGCCAACUGAAGUCGGUUACGAUGCCGAACUGUAGUCAGGUCAAGACCCUGGUGAGGACGACGAGCACGCAGAUGAGCUUCCCUGAGAUGGUUUCUUCAGUUUUGCAAACCCACAGUUUCAUCAGCUGUCCGGGUGGCUGGUCUCAGACGAUCCUGCAGGUGAAGAAACCGGAUGUGGAGGUCCUGGCUGGCGUGGUUACACGUGGUCUGUGAGGCCGGUUGGACGUACUGCCAAAUUUUCUAAAAUGACGGCGGCGGCUUAUGGUAGAGAAAUUAACAUUCAAUUAUCUGGCAACAGCUCAUUACAUUUUAGUCAUUUAACCAAUUGCACGCUCCCUCAACUUGAGACAUCUGUGGCGUUGUGUGACAAAACUGCACAUUUUAGUGGCCUUUUGUCCCCAGCACAAGGUGCACCUGUGUAAUGACGAUGCUGUUUAACCAGCUUCUUGAUAUGCCACACCUGUCAGGUGGAUGGAUUAUCUUGGCAAAGGAGAAAUGUUCACUAACAGGGAAGUAAGCAAAUUUGUGCACAACAUUUAAGAGAAAUAAGCUUUUGGUGCGUAUGGAACAUUUCUGUGAACUUUUAUUUCAGUUCAUGAAACAUGGGACCAACACUUUACAUGUUACGUCUAUAUUUUUGUUCAUUGUACUUUUUUGAAGGUUGUAUGAUUAUGAUGAGCUAAUGCUAAGCUAUUUUCUGACUGUGUGGAGCCAUGGUUGUUGACAUCAUUCAAUGCAUUCUGGCUGUCACGUAAAUGUCUGUCAGACAAAAUAUAUUCAUAGCAAAACGAGGUGAAGGGAAGGUUCACUCGUCUUUCAAGUAAACUUCCGGAAGUGAAUGAUGGUAAGUGAAUGAUGGUAGACGACACACCCCCUUCGCCUUCAACAUGCAUACUGCAAACCGACCCAACUCAUCUUGUCACCUCAUAUGUUUAGUUGUCGCAGAAAAACAAACAUGGCGGCGCGCACAAACUCUACCCACCGUGGGAUUACUUAAGACUUUUAGAAAGUGUUUUACUCAAUUAUUUAAAUCACUGGUGAGCUCAUCCGUGAUGUGAUGAAUUGUAAAUAGUAAUUGCUAUUAGCUAAUUCAUAUUAUGGUUUCUAUCAGCUGAUAGUUGGCUAAAUAUGACCGCUUGUGUUAGCUCGCUCUUUACUCAGUUAGCACUAGGACUAUUGUAGCCUACAUUUUCAGAUUUGGAUGAGAAUUGUGUUAUGCUACUUCUGUGACUGUCUGAACAUUGCAUCCAAAAAAAACUGCUCACAUUGACUGUUGCGUCUAUUGUAACUACACGUUCUAAUGAAGUGUUCUAAUCACACCGGUUUGAGCCUACACUGCAGGGACCACUGUGUUUUCAUAUGCGUUAUUAAUGAUUUUCUGAUUUGCUACAAAUCUUACAAAGGUUGGUGGUCAAGAUCUUCGACAUUCAGAUUUUCACAAAAGGCUUUCUUAGUUCUGAUAGAGCAUUAAUUGUAGUUUGUAGCAGAAUGUAAUUUUAAAUGGUCACGGUCUUUUCUUCCCAGGUCUGUCUCCAUGGUUAGUGUGCUGUAGCAGCUGGACCCAGACAGAAGUCUCUCUUCCUCUCCUCCUUCACCCCUUCUUCCAGCGGUGGUAAGGAAUGGCAUUAUGAGAUAACGUUGCCAUAAUGAAUGGAACUAAAUCCACAUUGUGACUUAGCAUUUUUUUUAAUUAGACUCCUAUUCGGCUAUAUAAACACCUUUAGCCGAACUGGGUCUGUAUAACAUUCAGUUGUCUAGUAACAGGUAGACCUUUUACUAAUAAAAUAAACAACCCAUGGUAGAAAAUUACCCUACUCCAUUCCAACAGAAAGAUUAGGCUACAUCAACCUACAUGAGUUAGUUCCAAUAAUAUUAAGCCUAAGUCUGAUAUUAAGGGCCAACUACUUAAAUCUGGAAGAUGCGUUCGUUUUCAUCCCCAUGUGUUUCAUGGACUCUGGUGUCGUACUAAAAGAAACAGAAGGAGUUAAGGUCAAAUUUAGGAGCUGAAUCUGAGACUCAACAGUCUCUUUUGAAAUGUCCUCCUUUAGAAACUCAGAACCAGCUGUGGCGGGCUGCACUCCCUUCACUAGGGCACAACACUGUGGAACGUUCAGUAUUUGAUCCCCUGCUGAUUUUGUACGUUUGCCCACUGACAAAGACAUGAUCAGUCUAUAAUUUUAAUGGUAGGUUUAUUUGAACAGUGAGAGACAGAAUAACAACGAAUAAAUCCAGAAAAACGCAUUGUCAAAAAUGUUGUAAAUUGAUUUGCAUUUUAAUGAGGGAAAUAAGUAUUUGACCCCUCUGCAAAACAUGACUUAGUACUUGGUGGCAAAACCCUUGUUGGCAAUCACAGAGGUCAGACGUUUCUUGUAGUUGGCCACCAUGUUUGCACACAUCUCAGGAGGGAUUUUGUCCCACUCCUCUUUGCAGUUCUUCUCCAAGUCAUUAAGGUUGAGGCUGACGUUUGGCAACUCGAACCUUCAGCUCCCUCCACAGAUUUCCUAUGGGAUUAAGGUCUGGAGACUGGCUAGGCCACUCCAGGACCUUAAUGUGCUUCUUCUUGAGCCACUCCUUUGUUGCUUUGGCCGUGUGUUUUUGGUCAUUGUCAUGCUGGAAUACCCAUCCACAACCCAUUUUCAAUGCCCUGGCUGAGGGAAGGAGGUUCUCACCCAAGAUUUGACAGUACAUGGCCCCGUCCAUCGUCCCUUUGAUGCGGUGAAGUUGUCCUGUCCCCUUAGCAGAAAAACACCCCCAAAGCAUAAUGUUUCCACCUCCAUGUUUGACGGUGGGGAUGGUGUUCUUGGGGUAAUAGGCAGCAUUCCUCCUCCAAACACGGCGAGUUGAGUUGAUGCCAAAGAGCUCGAUUUUGGUCUCAUCUGACCACAACACUUUCACCCAGUUCUCCUCUGAAUCAUUCAGAUGUUCAUUGGCAAACUUCAGAUGGGCCUGAAUAUGUGCUUUCUUGAGCAGGGGGACCUUGCAGGAUUUCAGUCCUUCACGGCGUAGUGUGUGACCAAUUUGUUUUCUUGGUGGCUAUGGUCCCAGCUGCCUUGAGAUCCUUGACAAGAUCCUCCCGUGUAGUUCUGGGCUGAUUCCUCACCGUUCUCAUGAUCAUUGCAACUCCACGAGGUGAGAUCUUGCAUGGAGCCCCAGGCCGAGGGAGAUUGACAAUUAUUUUGUGUUUCUUCCAUUUGCGAAUAAUCACACCAACUGUUGUCACCUUCUCACCAGCUGCUUGGCGAUGGUCUUGUAGCCCAUUCCAGCCUUGUGUAGGUCUACAACCUUAUCCCUGAUAUCCUUGGAGAGCUCUUUGGUCUUGGCCAUGGUGGAGAGUUUGGAAUCUGAUUGAUUGAUUGCUUCUGUGGACAGGUGUCUUUUAUACAGGUAACAAGCUGAGAUUAGGAGCACUCCUUUUAAGAGUGUGCUCCUAAUCUCAGCUCGUUACCUGUAUAAAAGUCACCUGGGAGACAGAAAUCUUUCUGAUUGAGAGGGGAUCAAAUACUUUUUUCCCUCACUGUAUAUUGUGUAGAACAGACUAGGGCUGUUGCAGUGACUGUAUUACCGCCACACCAUCAGUCAUGAAAGCAGUAAAAUUCCAUGUGACCGUUGAGUCACUGUACACUCCUCUUAUGCACUCUGGACAUGCGUUGGUAGUAGCCAACUUGCUAACGACCAUCAGGUUGCUAAUGGCCUGGUACUCCGGGCUCUAUUGUCCCUCUAACCACUCUGACAUCAAUGUAAAUGCAAUCGAAAAUCACGUCAAACACUUAUCAGCAAAACAAGAUCAUGCUUUUAAAACUCACCUCACUGUGAUUGAUCAAUUUGAAGAAGUUCAACAACAGGUUGAAACUGAGUGGAAAACAUGGUCGUUGUGGAUGUUGUUUCAAAGCCUAACACAAUGAAAUGGGCCGUGCUUUCUAAGGUGAUGAUUCAUUCAAAACAGCCAUAUGCAUUAUCUCUAAUACGCAUAGGCCUAUACAGUGCAUUCGGAAAGUAUUCAGACCCCUUGACUUUUUCCACAUUUUGUUAUGUAACAGCCUUAUUCUAAAAUGGAUUAAAUUGUAUUCCUCAUCAAUCGACACACAAUACACCAUAAUGACAAAACGAAAAAAGGGUUUUAGAAGUGUUUGCUCAUUUAUUACAAAUAAAAAACAGAUACCUUAUUUACAUACCUAAAGGGGUCCUAAAAUUCUAAAUUAAAUAGCUAAAUGAUCCAUGGUAUGACCAUCUUAAAAAAUUGUCUUUUGCAUUUAUUUAUUUUAUUUUACCUUUAUUUAACUAGGCAAGUCAGUUAAGAACAAAUUCUUCUUUACAAUGACGGCCUACACCGGCCAAACCUGUACGAUGCUGGGCCAAUUGUUCCCCGCCCUAUGGGACUCCCAAUCACGGCCGGUUGUGAUACAGCCUGGAAUCGAACCAGGUGGUCUGUAGUGACGCCUCAAACACUGAGAUGCCUUAGACCGCUGCGCCACUCGGGAGCCCAGAGUGCAUGACUGCCACAACCCUAGAGCAGACACAACUUAGGAAAGGAGUAAGGGAUCAUGUCAUGUGGAGUUAGGGAUCAUGUCAGCUCUAUUCAUGAAAUCUCUAAUUCAGAACCUUGCACCCUCUUCAGCACGACCCUAAUAUCACAGUCUGUCUCCAGCCCAUCUUUCCUCCACUAGACAGACUGACUUUAUUGUUCUAACCUGGGUCCAGUCUCCAGUGACAUAACACCUUGAAUACCCAGAGCCUCAGGAUACAUUUGAACUGUUAUAUUUUAACUGGCUCAUGUGGUGGGUUCAACUACCUCUCACAGUUUGGCUGAGGAGAGGUGGAAGGUGAGUGCUGACUGACCAGAUUAUAUAAAUUGCUGCUCUUGCCUCUUGAAAUAUGAGUAUGUGUGUAUUAGAUGUACUUGUGGGGACUCUUUGGUCAGCGCAUAUGAUCUGAAAUAAAGAUGGCUGUAGAUUGACGGUCAUGUAAACCAAUGGAUAAGGCAUAGAGUGAUUGAUAGCUGCUUGGUUACUCAUCGAAGUCUGUAGUAUCUAGUGUCACCACUGUCACCAGUUUUUCUUCUGGGAAAAUAAAACAUAACAGCAGAUACUGAUAAUGGUUAUUUGUCUCUUGAGGCACACUAAAAUCAGACUUGUCUUCUGUAUCUGUACACACAAACUCUUGUGUGUGUGGGUGAGACUGCUUGGUCUCUUUGCAACAGUGGCCAUUUUAAGGAGUGGCUGCGAUCAAGUCACUGUAUUCUGGACCAUGUAAGAUAAUGUUUAUUAUGCAACAGAUGUAAACAAUUAAGUUAUUCAAUUAUUGAAACGAUUGGGCUAUAGCAAUGGAAUGGCAACUGUAAUGGAACGAAAAGAGAUGUUUCUAUGUAGAGAAUCAACAAGCCUUAAGGGAUUCACAGAAAAUCCCUGAUAUGGUCUGAAGUAUUGUAUUUUGAAGUUGUUUACAAAAGUUAUGAAGUGUGUGAGUCUAUGUAGAGCCAUGUACCCAACUGUACCUAGACACGUGUAAAAUCUUUGUCCUUUAAGUUGGUACAUUGGUUGGAAUGUUGGUGCUGUUUCUGAGUCCAGAGGCGAGGCAAAGUAAGAACGUAGCUGCAUGGUGCCAUGCCAAUACCCACAUGUCAGGAUUGUGCCACUUAGCCCUAGAUGGAUGUGGUUUGAAUGGCUGAAGGGAGCUGAUUGUGGGACCCGGAGCCAUCCAUCAUAAACCGGUUAUUAGGAACUAUAGUUACCAAACUGCUUGUUUUGCUCCCUUAACACUAGAACCGCCUGGCCUUUCAGCCUAUAAGUACCCACUAGAGAACGUUGCCGGGCGUCCCAUUUAGCAUAUGCAUCAGAUCAGUGGUGUAAAGUACUUAAGGAAAAAUACUUUAAAGUACUAAUUAAGUAGUUUUUUGGGGUAUCUGUACUUUACUGUUUAUAUUUUUGACUACUUUUACUUCAUUACAUUCCUAACUAAAAUGAUGUACUUUUUACUCAAUACAUUUUCCCUGACACCCAAAAGUACUCGUUACAUUUUGAAUGCUUAGCAGGACAGGAAAAUGGUCAAAUUCAUGCACUUAUCAAGAGAGCAUCCCUGGUCAUCCCUACUGCCUCUGAUCUGGCGGACUCACUAAACACAUGCUUCGUUUGUCAAUCAUUCUGAGUGUCGGAGUGUGCCCCUGGCUAUCCUAAAUUAAAAAAAAACAAGGAAAUGGUGCCGUCAGGUUUGCUUAAUAUAAGGACUUUGAAAUUAUUUAUACUUUUACUUUAAGUAUAUUUGAGCAAUAACAUUGACAUUUUAAACCAAAUACUUUUAGACUUUUACUCAAGUAGUAUUUUACUGGGUGACUUUCACUUUAACUUGAGUCAUUGUUCAAGUAUGAAAAAUUGGUACUUUUACCACCACUGCAUCAGAUGCAUAUCAACCCGCAAGGUGCGCAAACAUAAGCACCAACGCUUAUGAAAGGAUUAAUUGCAUGAAGAAAUAUUUGUGCAAAUAUAUCAAUUUAAAAUAGUCAAGGAUAUGUUUUGUAUAAUUUUACAAAGUCCUAGAAAAAAUGUAGGCCUAUACCCUAUUUUCGUUUCCCUUACAGUAAAAACAUUACAGUGUAAUACAUUUGAUCAACUUUAUUUGUAGAUUUGAUUAGUAAUAGUUAUAAUAAUUAAUAAAGUCCAUUUACAGCUUAUUUUGACAAAUUAUAAAGGGAAAAGAUGAUGAUGAUGAUGAUGAUAUAACCAGCCAGGUGCACAGAUGAAAUUAUUUGCCAUAUUCCAAAACAAAAGCAACAGUGCAUGAACAAUUGUAAAGGAUGAAUUGUAUAAAUAAAUAUUAGUGGAUAUAUAUAUAUAUAUAUAUAUAUAUAUAUAUAUAUAUAUAUAUAUAUAUAUAUAUAUAUAUAUAUAUAUAUAUAUAUAUACACACACAGUGGGGGAAAAAAAGUAUUUAGUCAGCCACCAAUUGUGCAAGUUCUCCCACUUAAAAAGAUGAGAGAGGCCUGUAAUUUUCAUCAUAGGUACACGUCAACUAUGACAGACAAAAUGAGGAAAACAAAAUCCAGAAAAUCACAUUGUAGGAUUUUUAAUGAAUUUAUUUGCAAAUUAUGGUGGAAAAUAAGUAUUUGGUCAAUAACAAAAGUUUCUCAAUACUUUGUUAUAUACCCUUUGUUGGCAAUGACACAGGUCAAACGUUUUCUGUAAGUCUUCACAAGGUUUUCACACACUGUUGCUGGUAUUUUGGCCCAUUCCUCCAUGCAGAUCUCCUCUAGAGCAGUGAUGUUUUGGGGCUGUCGCUGGGCAACACAGACUUUCAACUCCCUCCAAAGAUUUUCUAUGGGGUUGAGGUCUGGAGACUGGCUAGGCCACUCCAGGACCUUGAAAUGCUUCUUACGAAGCCACUCCUUCGUUGCCCGGGCGGUGUGUUUGGGAUCAUUGUCAUGCUGAAAGACCCAGCCACGUUUCAUCUUCAAUGCCCUUGCUGAUGGAAGGAGGUUUUCACUCAAAAUCUCACGAUACAUGGCCCCAUUCAUUCUUUCCUUUACACGGACCAGUCGUCCUGGUCCCUUUGCAGAAAAACAGCCCCAAAGCAUGAUGUUUCCACCCCCAUGCUUCACAGUAGGUAUGGUGUUCUUUGGAUGCAACUCAGCAUUCUUUGUCCUCCAAACACAACGAGUUGAGUUUUUACCAAAAGGUUCUAUUUUGGUUUCAUCUGACCAUAUGACAUUCUCCCAAUCCUCUUCUGGAUCAUCCAAAUGCACUCUAGCAAACUUCAGACGGGCCUGGACAUGUACUGGCUUAAGCAGGGGGACACGUCUGCACUGCAGGAUUUGAGUCCCUGGCGGCGUAGUGUGUUACUGAUGGUAGGCUUUGUAACUUUGGUCCCAGCUCUCUGCAGGUCAUUCACUAGGUCCCCCCGUGUGGUUCUGGGAUUUUUGCUCACCGUUCUUGUGAUCAUUUUGACCCCACGGGGUGAGAUCUUGCGUGGAGCCCCAGAUCGAGGGAGAUUAUCAGUGGUCUUGUAUGUCUUCCAUUUCCUAAUAAUUGCUCCCACAGUUGAUUUCUUCAAACCAAGCUGCUUACCUAUUGCAGAUUCAGUCUUCCCAGCCUGGUGCAGGUCUACAAUUUUGUUUCUGGUGUCCUUUGACAGCUCUUUGGUCUUGGCCAUAGUGGAGUUUGGAGUGUGACUGUUUGAGGUUGUGGACAGGUGUCUUUUAUACUGAUAACAAGUUCAAACAGGUGCCAUUAAUACAGGUAACAAGUGGAGGACAGAGGAGCCUCUUAAAGAAAAAGUUACAGGUAUGUGAGAGCCAGAAAUCUUGCUUGUUUGUAGGUGACCAAAUACUUAUUUUCCACCAUAAUUUGCAAAUAAAUUCAUUAAAAAUCCUACAAUGUGAUUUUCUGGAAUUUUUUUCCUCAAUUUGUCUGUCAUAGUUGACGUGUACCUAUGAUGAAAAUUACAGGCCUCUCUCAUCUUUUUAAGUGGGAGAACUUGCACAAUUAGUGGCUGACUAAAUACUUUUCCCCCCCACUGUAUAUAUUCAUGAGAAGAUAUAAAAACAGUCAUUUGUUGAUUGUAUCGGACACUGUAUUGUGCCCUUAUACGAAUGCCUUUAGGCAUGAAUCAAUCUCGUCUUCUUUUUAUACUUCGGGUCCACAGUCAGCACACAGCUUUGGGGCUUUGUGUGAGCAAGCCCCACAAACAAAUCAUUUGCACUGCACACAGUUUUCAUGGGCCUUGUUUCGUGUGCACCUGCUGCAGGUGUCUCAUAAUCUCUGAAGCGGUUGUGUGGCAUGGUCUCUCAGAAAAAGUCCACCCCAUACCUAUCAGACAAAAAUGACUCCACAUCCAUGCUCUUUCCACCGUAUGCCCCGCGGACAUACAAGAGUGCAAAAAAUGCUUUGAGUUUAUCCAUAGACAUGUCCCACGUACUGUUUCCUUUUCUGUGCCCAUGAGCAACAGUACAAUCGCUGGUGUGCUGCAACAUCCGCAUGUCACAAACUCAUCACUCUUUUCAACCCAAACCGUGCCACCCAAACCGUGCCAUUCCUCCCAGACUCCUGUUGGGAUCACCGUCUCAGUUGGCUCUGUUCUGGUUUCUCUGUGGCGAGGCUCAGGCAUUGGAGGCGGAGGCUUGAAAUUGAUGAAGACUCUUCAUCAGCAACGUUGAUUUCAAGCUCAAUUGCCGAUCCAACUCUUUUAUUUUCUGCAGAAUUUGCAAUGCUGUCAGUGCGUCCAUUAGUUUGGUUGGGCUUGCCAUUGUGAACUACACACAUUGUAUGUUGUACUCAGUGUCUGAUUUGACUCUCCGAGAGGAAAUUAUAUACAAUUUCCAGCCUUUCAUUAUAAAAUAAUUAGACUGUCCACAAUUCUUCAUUACACUAUUGUUCUAAAUUCAAUCAUUCAGAUCAAUCAAUCAAUCACCUUCUUCACCCUCAUCAUUCAGUUCAUUGAAGUCACAUGCACCAUUAUCAGUUUCUAUUUCCCAUUCAGCCAUUGACGACAGAAUAGCUAUUUAAAUUGUAAGUGUGUUACUAGUUUUUGCUUAGUAGCCAGAGCAAUGUUGCCGCGUGAGUGGUCAUGUGCUGAAUGCAUGGACAGCACAGAUUCUUGGAAAAAGUGAAAAUUUGGAAAUAGCUGCACUUCUUGAAUUUUGCGCUCUUUCUGAUACUAUAUAGAAAUCAAAAUAUUUUACUUGCAUGUGACUCAGAAGUAGGAUUUUAUAAAGUGAUUCUCCUUUCCCUUCAUCUCUCAAUUACAAGAUGCGCCCAUCUAUUCAUGUACAAUUUGAUAACUGAUAGGUCUAUUAUUGUGACUCAACAGAUUAUUGUUAAUUUAAUCUAGUCUAUGAAAAUGUGUAGUUUCGAUGAGCCGGUUGUGCAGGCUGACUGACAUCGUUUUUUAAAAGUAAAUGAAACAUUCCUGUAACAGCUUUUACAAAGUAAAAUGUAAAUGAGAAUGGUAUCAACCCGCAAGGCGCGCGGUCAAAUUAUUAACAUGAGCGCCAACGCUGAUAAAUAGGCAUUACACGAACUCAUUACAAUGUUGUUGUUGGCCUAAUUUUAAAUUGUAUUCUCAAUUAUCGGCCAUUCUAUCAAUCAAUUUGUCAUUCAUUCAGUGGGCUGGCAUCGUUUGCUUCCCUGGAUAGAGUCAAGGAUAUGUUUUGCAUUAUUUUAAAGUAAAGGCCUACUGCAAAAUGUAGCAUGUUUUUUUCCCUUACAAUACAUUUCAUUAGUAAUAGUUAUAGUAAAUAUAACAGUUCCAUAACAGCUUCUUUUUACAAAGUAAAACAUAAAAGAGAAUGGUAUCAACCUGCGUGGACAAAUUAUUUGCUGAUAAAUAGGCAUAACACAAACUCCUUAUUACACUAUUGUCUUUCUAAAUUAAAUCAACCUCUUCACCCUCAUCAUUCAGUUAGGCCUAAUUUAAAUUCAAUUGUGAAGUAAGGUGCAAAAUGAUCGCCCAUUCAUCCAUUUGUCAUUCAGUGAGGCGAGAGAGACGUGUUAGUGCCUGGCUGGGUACCAACGUCCUAUAGCACAUUGUCUUGGUGGGUUAAGUUGGGAAUAGGUGUGAAAAAACCCUGGUAAAAAGGCUCCAAAUAAUUUUCUGUUUGUGAUUUCAAAAUUCUGACAAAUGAGCAGUGUAAAAUACAAACAUUUAGGAAAAGUCAGGGAAUGAGCAGGACAUAGCUUAUUUUUUGGGCAGAUUUUUUAUUUACAAAAUAAAACGUCAGUGGCCUAUGGCGGUUCUAGUGUUAAAGCCUUUCCAUUCCCACUGUUUCAAACCACCAUCAGUUAGGCAACUCUGGACACAAUUAAUUCAUCCUAGUGACUGAGCUUCUUUCUUAUUAUAAAUGUUGGUUAAAACGGUUAUUACACAAACACACACACACGCAUCAAUACCUCCUAAAUUAAUAACAUGGUUAGAUGACACUUCCAGAUGGUAGAUUCUAUAUUAGACAUUCCACACCACCACUCCCAGUAGGUUGAAGAGUGAUGCCAACCUGGUAAUCAUGUUGAGUUACGAAGAACACUCUUAUUCCAGGGCAUGUUGUAACAUUCUUCACUAAUUUAUACGUAGUAAAAGUUGAUUCAGCCUUUUUGAACACAUCCCUGUUCUGUUCUUUUGUUUGUGUCUUGUGAAAAAACAAAACAAACAUAUUUUCUCUUCCCAUGCAGAGAUCGUGACAUCACACCAGGACGGUAACCGCCCCUGCUGGUUACCAGGGAGCUCCCUGAUUCCACCCCUGUGGAGAUGGAGCCCCAGGGGCUGCUGGGAGCAGAGGGGGAUUAUGGGAUGUUGGGUCUGCUGGUGCCCAGUCCUCAGAGUGAGGCGGUCACCCAUGAGCUGGAGGAGCUGACCCUACAGCCCAGCAACAACCUGCCCCCCCUCAACGAACGCAAGAACGGUGAGUGGGGAGGAGAAACACACACGCAAGCACACACUAUUGUGAUUGACAAAUUGUCGCUUUUGGUUUUGAGUUGUGACCAUCUGUACUCGCUGCAUGUUCUCAGCUGAAAGACAUUGAAACAGACUCUGUGGUAAUAGUCAGUCAUUAUAAGGAAUCAGCUUUCUAUCAUGCAGGCUAACCAUUACUCACACUGCACAGUUGUUGUUCUGGCAGCUCUAUGGGUCUGGCUAUGGCACUGAUGAAUGAACACAUGAUUACUGGGUUGAACAGGGCUUAAGAAAUGCCAUUCUGUUUGCCAGCUCCUAAUGACAGCUUAGAUGGCUUAAGGAUAUCAGUCAGACUGAUUUUAUAUUGGUCACCCUACAUAGGAAGUCUGUUUCUCAUACAUAAUGAUCAAUGAUCAUUUUGUUUUGCUCCACUGUGAUAGAUGUGGUUGAUUGGUCAGUCACUUGAACAGUGCUAUGUUUGAAAAGGCCUUCUCACAAGAUGGAACUCAAGUGAACCUGCCAUAGUCAUGUUUACAUUGUCUUUGUUUACAACUGUGAUUUGGUCUUUUAACCCUUUACACUCGUACCUGUAUAUGGGUUGAAAAUUGCAGAUUUGGGCACUGAUAAGCGUGUAAAUUGGAACGCAGUGGCUGUACAGUAACAUGCUAUAUAUUACAUCUGAGCUCAGUCUCUGCGCUUCACAGCGUUGUAUGGAUUUUGACUGACAGCCAUUCUGAACUUGAGCACUGCACGCAACAAGAUGUUGACCCCAUCCCUCCCCCUAAUUGGGCAACUUUUGCAAAUGUUUUGUUAUCUGAGUGGUAAAUGGUUUUAAAUUAAGAGGACUCUAUGUAUUUUGAAAGAUGAGACGAUGAGGAUUAUCUUCAUUACUACUUUACGGCCGGUAUGUACUUCCAAAAACGGGGGUAAAAAAAAAUAUACCCACACAUCCCAUGCACUUCAGACAUUGAGCAACUGGGAAACUACAUACUGUUGAAAGUUGAAUCACAGGGGAGUGGUGAAAGUGUCAAGCAUGUCAGACUCCUUGGAAUCCUGGCCAGAAUCUCUCACCCUCUGAGUUGACCUGGACUGAGUUCAAUGAGCCAACCCACAGCUUAGGAAACACUGCUUAGACUGUGUGUGUGUCUGUGUUAGGGCUGGGAAUUGCCAGGGACCGCAGGAAUAUGAUAUUAUCACAAUACUUAGGUGUCGAUACGAUAUGUAUUGCGACUCACACGAUUCGCGAUUCUAUAUCUAUUGCGAUACAAUACUGCGAUUUGAUCUUCCAAACGUAGUGCUCACUAUAUGUCUGUUGCAGAGAGAUGAGAGAGCAUGAUAACUAUUUUGGAUCAGUCAUGGAAAUAAAAGUGAUGAAAACACGUUGGCUCACUAUUUAAAAGAAGAUUGAGGCCAAGCUAUAGGAUGAAACGUUUUUGCGCAGGUACAGCCGACUAACGCUACCAACAGUUAUUUUUACAAAUCGAUACUUGGAGUCAAAUAUCAGUAUAAUAUUGUCCAAAAAUAAUAUUGCGAUAUGUAACUAGAUUUUUUACCCCCCCAUCACUAGUCUGUAUGUCUGUUUUUGCAUGUAAACUUGCUGCCGGUGUGUGUGCGUGUGUAUUGAUGUGUGCAUGCACGUAUGUGUGUUCUGUUUCUGUGUGUGUAAACCUGCCUUUUGGGUGUGUGUUUUAUCUCCUGUAUGUUAACUCAGCCCUACAUAAAACAGUGCUUACAUAUCACUAUGACUGGCACAGUCUGGUCAGGGUGUUCCCCAGGGGUCAGUGUGGUUACCACAUGGAAAUGUGAAUCAGCUAAACUAAACAGACCCCAGUGUCACUCAGCUAGUGUUUUUGUGACUUUCUUUUCUCCUAAAAGACGCUGUAAGGUGUUAACUUGAACUGGUCCACCUCCUGUCCUGCCUCUUGUUUCUCACUGGUGGGUCGGUUGCUACUGAUGAGGACAGGCACAAUCCAUCGACUGAAGCUUCGAUACAAACAGAGUCUAAGAGAGUGUGCAAAGAGCGCAAGAGAGGGGGCAGUGGUUGAUCUGCCUACAAGAGAAAAAUUGUGAGCGACACAAAGAUAAAGAGAGAGGAGAGGAGUAGUAGUAGUAGUAGAGUAGAGCUUUGAGAGAAUAUCGAGGCAUGGACAUCCAGGCAGACUUGGAGUCUGGAGGUUCAUCUCUCCUGUAGCUCUCUGUGUCGACUGACAGACUGACUGACAGAUAAACAUAUGGGACAGUAGUUAUUCAGUCGCGUGCAGACCUUCCAGAGCCUCCUCAGCUGAUAUUGACUAUGGCUUGCCUGGAUGUGGAGACCCACUCACUCUGCAGGGACAGGUUCGGAUCAGGUGAUUUUCUCUUUCAGCAUUCGCUGCACUGCCUGUCUGUCACCGUUGCUUGUUUAUCAGAUGGUUGGCACAUGGUGCUUGCAACACCAUAGUUAUGAGUUUAAUUUAUGCGUGGGCCACAGAGAUGUUAUCAUUGUAUUGUAUCAUCAGUUACAGACAGUAUUGUGUUAGACUGGCGAUUCAAUGAGGGGAGUGGAUUGGAGGUAUUUUGUCAGGGUCGGAUGAGGUUUCUGUCUGCUCAGAAUGACUCAGAGGUCACAGGCUACUGAGCAUACUGUUAAUGCAAUGUGAUGGAUGUGUCACAUAGAGAGGUUUUAGCCACUAAAUGGUACAACUCAAAAUGCAUGUUCUGUUUUCAUCUUGUAGACUGUUGUUUUUGUCUGGGUAAUCAAUUUGGUUUCCUGGUUGCAAUAAUGUUGUCGUUAUUGUAACAGGAAGGAAACACAGAGCUAUUAUGGUAAUCAAUAAGCUUGGGUGGCAUACCGUAUAUAACGUAUGCCGGGGUAUUUGGAAAACGACACAGGAUGGUUUUUCAAUACUGCCAGGGGUGUUGCCAGUGGUGUUAUCAGUUCUAAUGUUGUACCCAUUUGUUUGAACUCCACUCUUAGAUCUGCUAUUGUUAGCUCAAAAGAGGAGCCCACUGUGGUCUGCUCACGCAGUGCUUUUAGUUCAAAUGUGAAUUCCAUAAACUUGAAUACCCCCUUGGUUUUCAAAUCACAUAGAGGGCUUGGGCUGUUGCAUGAUAGCAACUGAAGCCCAUGUAAGUCCGUUUCUAACAUUCCAUCAUUACUCUGAGAGUUCCUCAUAUUGACAUUGGCUGCGGCCUUAGGCCCUAUGGUGCUAACCUUGGAAAAGUUAUUCAAGUAAUUUCUUCUCCUUCCUCUAUUACUAAUAGGGAUUGACCAAAUGGUGCAGUUCUGUGCAAUCUUAUAGCCAUACCAACUAUAUCAAUAUCAACCAUCAGACAGGGCCCGCAACCACCUAUUGAAUGUAGCUUGUUUGAGUUGGAGUUUCCAUGUGACUUUAAAAAUCGUAAAGGAUUGGGUUGAUGCAUCUGAACAUUAGGAGCUUACUUCCUAAACUAGAUUUCAUUCAGAUCUUGGCUAUGCAGACAAAUCUGGACAUGCUGGUAUUGACUGAAACCUGGAUCUCUGGGGACAUUCUGGACUCUGAUAUUAAUAUUGAAGGUUAUCUCUUUGGUCAAAUCAAUUUCCCUUGCCAAAAAAUGUGAGUUACUAUCUUUUAAGCUGAGAAAAUGUGUCCAUAACUGUUAUAUGAGUCAGCUGUCCUCCCUCGGCUAACCUUUGUGCACUCGCAGAGUUAACUAGUUUGUCUUAUUUUACUAAAUCAGAAGUUAUUAUUCUGGGUGUCCUGAAUUAUGAUUGGGAAAUGCAGGCUUUGGACAAUCUAAAAAACGUGUAAUGAUCUAAACCUAACCCAGCUGGUGACCUAGCCUACACGGCAUAACCCUAAAGAUCCUUCAAAGUCAACUCUGAUUGAUCUUAUUUUGACGAAUACGCCAGAGAAAUGUCUCUUAAGUGACCAUUGCCCAGUUGUUUGUGUUAUACAUGUGAGAAUACAAAAAUCGAAGCCUCGUGUCAUCACAAAGAAGAACUAAAAAAAAAUCUGUGAAUUGCCUUUUUUACACUAUCUUUAUUUUAGUGACCUUGAUUGUAUUUCAGCUAUCCCUGAACCUGAUAUAGCUUUGAGCCUCUUUGCAGAUGUCUUCAAUACUAUUGGGGAUAAUCAUGCUCCCUUCAAAAAAUUAAGGGUUAAAGGUAGAUUGAAUGCCUGGUACACUCCGGAAUUAUCAGAAGUCAUUCAUAAAAGAGAUGAUGCUUGGGUCAAGGUCAGGAACAUGGGCUUAGGCCCAGACUGGCUAGCUUUUAAGAAACUGAGGAAUCAAAUGAUUGUGUAAAAGAAAUCAGAAAGGCUAAUGAUUAUUAUGUAAUGGGUCCUUCAAAUUGUAAUGGGAACCUGGCUAAAUAAAGGAAAACUGUCAAAUACCUGAAGGGUUCUACUUCCUCCUCUCUGCCAAAUUAAUUUAGACACUGGCCUCAUUGCCAUCAUUGAUGCAUUUAAUCACCAUUUUAUUUAUUUGAAAGAACUUCAAUGCCAGUUCACAAUGAUAUUGGGCUGGAUGCUGAUAAGGGAAACUUGCUUAAUGAUCAGAGAAAUGAUAGUCUCAGCUUUUCUUUUAGGUUAUUUGCAGAAAUAUAAGUCCUGGAUGCUUUGCUAGCAAUAGACAAGAAAUCCACAGGGGCUGACCAAUUGGAUCCUGGUCUGCUUAAGUGCGCAGCGCCCAUCAUUGUUGGCUCAAUAACCCACAUUUGUUAUUUACCAUUGUUAUCAGGAAAUAUUCAAAAAGUAUGGAAAUCAGCUCUUGUGCUGCCACUCCAUAAGUGCGGGGAUAGUAGUGAUCUUAAUAAUUAUUGCCCCAUUCAAGGCUUCCAUGUCUAGCUAAGAUUCUCGAAUUGUUGGUAAAUGUACAACUUUGCUCAUUUUUAUCAGAGAAAUGUAUUUUGAAUGUAAACCAAUCAGGGUUUAGGCCUUGGCAUAGCACUAUUACAUCAACCACUUCAGUUGUUAAUGAUCUUGUCAAUGCUUUAGACUCUAAAAUGAAAUGUGCUGCUUUGUUUGUUUGUUGACUUGUGAAAAGCUUUUGAUACUGUUGAUCAUGCUAUUCUAUUGAAUAAGUUGUCCUCUAUAGGCCUGAGCUCUGACGCCUGUUCAUGAUUUCAAGAUUAUUUAGUGACAGAACUCAGGCCAUCGUGAUUGAUGGGGUAAAGUCUGAAUUUCUUUAAGUGCAUAAAUGUGUACGGGUCGAUUUUGGGACCUGUUCUCUUCACUAUUUAUAUAAACACCAUUGGUAAAUCUGUUAAAAAUUGAUAAAUUAAUCUAUAUGCGGAUGAUGCUAUUGCCCUGACUGUUGAUCUGGCUGUGUCAAAACUACAGUCAGAUUUCAUAGCUAUGCAGUAAUCCUUUGCUGAUUUAAAACUUGUACUUAAUGUCGGAAAAAUUAAAUUAAUGUUGUUUUUAAACUCUCGUAAGAAUGUUUAAAAUUAAUUACAUGUUCACUCAGAUGGUUCUCCAAUGGAACGUGUUUGCGCAUAUAAGGACUGUCCCCGACAAAAAAAAUCUUGGUUGACCAAAAGUUGUCUGUUUUUUCGACCAAUUUAUUUUCAAACGUGUUUUUUCCCAUAUAUAGACACACCCUACCCUACAGUGCAUUCGGAAAGUAUUCAGACCCCUUCCCUUUUUCCACAUUUUGUUACGUUACAGCCUUAUUCUAAAAUUGAUUAAAUAAAAAAAUUCCUCAUCAAUCUACAUACAAUACCCCAUAAUGACAAAGCAAAGACAGGUUUUUUGAAAUGUUUGCACAUUUAUUAAAAGUUAAAAACAGAAAUACCUUAUUUACAUAAGUAUUCAGACCCUUUGCUAUGAGACUCGAAAUUGAGCUCAGGUGCAUCCUGUUUCCAUCGAUCAUCCUUGAGAUGUUUCUACAACUUGAUUGGAAUCCACCUGUGGUAAAUUCAAAUGAUUGAACAUGAUUUGGAAAGGCACACACCUGUCUAUAUAAGGUUCCACAGUUGACAGUGCAUGUUAGAGCAAAAACCAAGCCAUGAGGUCGAAACAAUUGUCCUUAGAGCUCCGAGACAGUAUUGUGUCGAGGCACAGAUCUGGGGAAGGGUACCAAAACAUUUCUGCAGCAUUGAAGGUCCCCAAGAACACAGUGGCCUCCAUCAUUCUUAAAUGGAAUAAGUUUGGAACCACCAAGACUCUUCGUAGAGCUGGCCGCCCAGCCAAACUGAGGGCCUUGGUCAGGGAGGUGACCAAGAACCCAAUGGUCACUCUGACUGAGCUCCAGAGUUAUUCUGUGGAGAUGGGAGAACCUUCCAGAAGGACAACCAUCUCUGCAGCACUCCACCAAUCAGGCCUUUAUGGUAGAGUGGCCAGAUGGAAGCCACUCCUCAGUAAAAGGCACAUGACAGCCCGCUUGGAGUUUGUCAAAGUUUUCUGGUCUGAUGAAACCAAGAUUGAACUCUUUGGCCUGAAUGCCAAGCGUCACGUCUGGAGGAAACCUGGGACCAUUCCUACGGUGAAGCAUGGUGGUGGCAGCAUCAUGCUGUGGGAAUGUUUUUCAGCGGCAGGGACUGGGAGACUACUCAGGAUCAAGUACAAAGAGAUCCUUGAUGAAAACCUGCUCCAGAGUGCUCAGGACCUCACACUGGGGUGAAGGUUCACCUUCCAUCAGGACAACGACCCUAAGCACACAGCCAAGACAACGCAGGAGUUGUUUCGAGACAAGUCUCUGAAUGUCCUUGAGUGGCCCAGCCAGAGCCCGGACUUGAACUCGAUCGAACAUCUCUGGAGAGACCUGUAAAUAGCUGUGCAGCGACGCUCCCCAUCCAACCUGACAGAGCUUGAGAGGAUCUGCUGAGAAGAAUGGGAGAAACUACCCAAAUACAGGUGUGCUAAGCUUGUAGCGUCAUACCCAAGAAGACUCGAGGCUGUAAUCGCUGCCAAAGGUGCUUCAACAAAGUACUGAGUAACGGGUCUGAAUACUUAUGUAAAUGUAUAUAUUUCCAUUUAUUAAUUUUUUAUAAAUGUACAAGAAUUUAAAAAAAACCUGUUUUUGCUUUGUCAUUAUGGGGUGUGUAGAUUGAUGAGGAGAAAAAGCAAUUGAAUCCAUUUUAGAAUAAGGCUGUAGCGUAACAAAAUGUGCAAAAAGUCAAGGGGUUUGAAUACUUCACGAAUGCACAGUAUGUGCUUUAAUGAAAUUUAAAUAUACAGUGGCUUGGGAAAGUAUUCAACCCCCUUGGCAUUUUUCCUAUUUUGUUGCCUUACAACCUGGAAUUCAAAUUGAUUUUUGGGGGGGUUUGUAUCAUUUGAUUUACACAACAUGCCUACCACUUUGAAGAUCCAAAAUAUUUUUUUGGGUGAAACAAACAAGAAAUAAGACAAAAAAACUACUUUUCACCCCCCCCCCCAUUCUUCAAGGCAAAACUACUCCAGCUCCUUCAAGUUGGAUGGGUUCCGCUGGUCUACAGCAAUCUUUAAGUCAUACCACAUAUUCUCAAUUGGAUUGAGGUCUGAGCUUUGACUAGGCCAUUCCAAUACAUUUUAAAUGUUUCCCCUUAAACCACUCGAGUGUUGCUUUAGCAGUAUGCUUAGGGUCAUUGUCCUGCUGGAAGGUGAACCUCCGUCCCAGUCUCAAAUCUCUGGAAGACUGAAAUAGGUUUCCCUCAAGAAUUUCCCUGUAUUUAGCGCCAUCCAUCAUUCCUUCAAUUCUGACCAGUUGAAGUCGGAAGUUUACAUACACCUUAGCCAAAUACAUUUAAACUCAGUUUUUCACAAUUCCUGACAUUUAAUCCUAGUAAAAAUUACCUAUCUUAGGUCAGUUAGGAUCACCACUUUAUUUUAAGAAUGUGAAAUGUCAGAAUAAUAGUAGAGAUAAUGAUUUAUUUCAGCUUUUAUUUCUUUCAUCACAUUCCCAGUGGGUCAGAAGUUUACAUGCACUCAAUUUUUUAUUUGGUAGCAUUGCCUUUAAAAAAUGUAACACCUGUGCACACUUAGAUUGCGCAUAGGUGGACUUUAUUUAACUAAAUAUGUGACUUCUGAAGGUCAUUUGUUGCACCAGAUCUUAUUUAGGGGCUUCAUAGCAAAGGGGUGAAUACAUAUUCACGCACCACUUUUCCGUUAUUUACUUUUUAAGAAAUCUUUGUAAACAAGGUAUUUUUUUCACUUCCCCUAUUUUGUGUAUGUCCAUUACAUGAAAUCCAAAUAAAAAUCCAUUUAAAUUACAUGUUGUAAUGCAACAAAAUAGGAAAAAUGCCAAGGUGGAUGAAUACUUUUGCAAGGCACUGUAUGUAGUCUAUUAAGCUUGUCUGAAUCUUUGAACAUACGGUGAUUUAAAUAAUUAAGACACACAAAUUACUCAAGAGUGAGCCAGAGAUCAAGGUGACCUUAUUCAGAAUGAAAAAAUCCCGUUCCAGACCCCCCUCCUCCGACUUCUGCUGGCCUUCGCAGAUUCUGCCGUUAUGCUCCUGAAGUUGCCAGUGAUAGGCUAACCCAGGGGUCGGAAACCUUUUGUGUGCCAAUUUAUCUUACCAUUUCUACCUAUGUGCGUGCCAGUUAUGAUUUACAUAUGCACAUUUCAUUUCAGUUAUUAAAAAAAUUAUUUAUCUCAAAAUCAUUGAAAUGUGGUCAAAAUUCUAUUUAAAUCUAAAUAUAGAUUCAAAUCUAAAAUUAACUUCCAUUGCCAACUAUGUAAAAAUAGCAUAUAUAAAGCCAACAAAUAAAAACAUUACAGCCUGCAGGUAGAAAAUAUCCUAUAAAACACAUUGGCUAAGCAUGACCUGUUUGCAAGGAACUUGAAACAUUGUAUCAACUAUCAACUUGGUCCAGCCCGAAGCUUGCGCUAGCAAACUUACAACGUUGUAUAAAAUAUUCUGGGCCCUCAGUUUCCCGCUGCAGUGUGCUCUGGACAGACACAGCUGUAGGCUAUUUGCGCAUUCCAAAAUGAUGGGCAUUAGUUUGGCUAUAACAGCCUCCACUCUUCUGGGAAGGCUUUCCACUAGAUGUUGGAACAUUGCUGCGGGGACUAGCUUCCAUUCAGCCACAAGAGUAUUAGUGAGGUCGGGCACUGAUGUUGGGCGCUGUAUGGACCUUGCUUUGUGCACGGGGACAUUGUCAUGCUGAAACAGGAAAGGGCCUUCCCCCAACUGUUGGCACAAAGUUGGAAGCACAGAAUCGUCUAGAAUGUCAUUGUAUGCUGUAGCUUUAAGAUUUCCCUUCACUGGAACUAAGUGGCCUAGCCCGAACCAUGAAAAACAGCCACAGACCAUUAUUCCUCCUCCACCAAACUUUACAGUUGGCACUAUGCACCCAGAUUCAUCCGUCGCACUGCCAGAUGAUGAAACGUGAUUCAUCACUCCAGAGAACACGUUUCCACUGCUCCAGAGAAAACUGAAAUAUAUACAUUUACAUAAGUAUUCAGACCAUUUGCUCAGUACUUUGUUGAAGCACCUUUGGCAGCGAUUACAGCCUCGAGUCUUCUUGGGUAUGACGCUACAAGCUUGGCACACCUGUAUUUGGGUAGUUUCUCCCAUUCUUCUCUGCAGAUCCUCUCAAGCUCUGUCAGGUUGGAUGGGGAGCGUCGCUGCACAGCUAUUUUCAGGUCUCUCCAGAGAUGUUCGAUCGGGUUCAGGUCCGGGCUCUGGCUGGGCCACUCAAGGACAUUCAGAGGCUGUGUGCAUAUGGUCGUUGUCCUGCUGGAAGGUGAACCUUCGCCCCAGUCUGAAGUCCUGAGCGCUCUGGAGCAGGUUUUCAUUAAGGAUCUCUCUGUACUUUGCUCCGUUCAUAUUUCCGUCGAUCCUGACUAGUCUCCCAGUCCCUGCCGCUGAAAAACAUCUCCACAGCAUGAUGCUGCCAUCACCAUGCAUCACCGUAGGGAUGGUUCCUGGUUUCCUCCAGACGUGAUGCUUGGCAUUCAGGCCAAAGAGUUCAAUCUUGGUUUCAUCAGACCAGAGAAUCUUGUUUCUCAUGGUCUGAGAGGAAACUCCAAGCGGGCUGUCAUGUGCCUUUUACUGAGGGGCUUCCAUCUGACCACUCUACCCUAAAGGCCUGAUUGGUGGAGUGCUGCAGAGAUGGUUGUCCUUCUGGAAGGUUCUCCCAUCUCCACAGAAUAACUCUGGAGCUCUGUCAGAGUGACCAUUGGGUUCUUGGUCACCUCCCUGACCAAGGCCCUUCUCCCCGAUUGCUCAGUUUGGUUGGUCUUGGUGUUUCCAAAAUUAUUCUGUUUAAGAGUGAUGCAGGCCACUGUGUUCUUGGAGACCUUCAAUAAUGCAGAAGUUUUUUGGUACCCUUCCCCAGAUCUGUGCCUCUACACAAUCCUGUCUUGGAGCUCUACUGAUAACUCCUUUGACCUCAUGGCUUGGUUUUUGCUCUGACAUGCACUGUCAACUGUGGGACCUUAUCUAGACAGGUUUGUGCCUUUCCAUAUCAUGUCCAAUCAAUUGAAUUUAGCACUGGUAGACUCCAAGUUGUAUAAACAUCUCAAGGAUGAUCAAUGGAAACAGGAUGCACCUGAGCUCAAUUUCGAGUCUCAUAGCAAAGGGUCUGAAUACUUACGUAAAUAAGGUUUCUGUUUUUAAUUUUUAAUCAAUUAGCUAAAAUUUCUUAAACCUGUUUUCGCUUUGUCAUUAAGGGGUAUUGUGUUUAGAUUGAUGAGAAAACCCCCAAAUUAAUCCAUUUUAGAAUAAAGCUGUAACGUAACAAAACGUGGAAAAAGUCAAGGGGUCUGAAUACUUUCCGAAUUCUCUGUAUAUAUUUUGUGUAUUUUUAUAUUGUAUUAUACAGGGCACAUUUGGAAAAGAGACCUAGGUCUCAAUGUCUUCCCUGUCAAAAUAAAGGUUAAAUAUAAAAAUACUGUCAAAACGAUUUCUUUGAAGUUUUUCAAUAGAUGUUCUUAUUUGUAGCUACUUUUUAAGUUAAUACCUGCAGUCAACUUGUGCAGUAAGUUAGGAGUUUAAGCAGAUUGCAUUCUUCAUUUCACCGCAUUAUUUUACAUUAUGAAGCUUACCUCAGAACAGUUGAGGCAGUCAUGUGUUUGUUUGUAAAUAGCACAACAGGAGAAAGCGAGUUGGUGAGUCCAUAGCGUUCUAUAUCUAUCGGCGAAUCUCUGUUGUGCGGUGCACAUGAUGAUGUUACACUUGUAUGCAAUUCACUACUAAAUGUUGGCCAUCAGAUAUCCUAUAAUGGCAUUCUGUCAGAAGUCAAAGAGCUCUGGAUGAAUUAUCUGUACAGCUGCCAUUUCUUCCCUGUGCUUCCUAUUAGUGCUUUUUUUCCCCAUCUGUGCGGUGUACACACAUGCUUUUCUGAAGGAAGAGAAGCACAUCACAACUUUGUUCAUUUGCACAAUUUAUCUCAUUCACUUUCGCAUGUAAAUGUCCACACUCAUUGAAAAUGACAUUCGGUAGCUAUUAGCUAUGCUUCUAUGACUUUAUGAGCUGGAUUUGCCUGUCUUUUCAAUUAGUUUAUGUUCGUUUUCACUUGUUCGCAUUUAGCUAACAGCGUCUAUGUGAUUUCGCUGUUUGUUUGUGCUAAUUUUGUUAGCAUUCUGGUAAUAGAGGCCCAAUGGGCUUUUCUUGUGUUUUUACCGCCCCCUUGUGUGCUAUGCCGGUAAUACCAUAAAUUCCAGGAUGAGAGAAGGAUGGUAUGACAACAUGAAAAUCUAGAUACCGCCCAAGCCUAGUAAUCAAUGUAGUCAAGUACAUUUAGGCUAUCUGAUUUAGCUGUUUGAAAUCAUGUUUUUCUUGUUUAGCCAUUUGAGAUAAAAUCACAAUUCCCCCUGAUUUCUGUUCCUGUACAAUUUUCCAAUGCUUUUGAUUAUUUAAAUUAGUUUGUGCCGGAUUUGAUUAGCCUUGGCUGCAGCUGAAAGAACCAAAGAAUGAAACAGUUUUAAGGAAUUAAAUUAUUGUUCAGAUAAGGGAUUAAAGUGAAACCAACCAGGGCUUGUUAAUGAUUUGACGGACAUUCCAUUGGUCAGUGUUAUGUUGUCAUCCAGGCUCUGCUGUAGCUGGCCGCAACCGGGAGACCAAUGGGGCAGCGCACAUUUGGCCCAGCGUCGUCCAGGGUAGGGGAGGGAAUGGCCAGCAGGGAGGUAGCUCAGUUGGUAGAGCAUGGCGUUUGCAACGCCAGGGUUGUGGGUUCGAUUCCCAUGGGGGGGAAGAAAAAAAAAUAGAAUAAUGUAUGCACUAACUGUAAGUCGCUCUGGAUAAGAGCGUCUGCUAAAUGACGUAAAUGUAAAUGUAAAUGUCACACUGCUGGUGGGAAAGGAAGUGAGUAGUGGUUGUGGUGGCCGUGGGAGGCCUUACUCCCGUGGUCUAACAGAGCCACAUCCUCUUGUGAAACCUCAGAUGCCUCAGUUACUCAUGAUGACUUCAGACCCUUAGAUGCAGGCAGUUUCUGGUUGUGUUUACUGAAGUCUGCCUUUCUCGCUCCCUCGCUCUCUCUUUUUCUCUGUCUGUCUCAACAGUCCUUCAGCUGAGGCUACAGCAGAGACGUACCCGUGAGCAGCUGGUAGACCAGGGCAUCAUGCCUCGUGAGUAUGGGCACUGCCACUUCAUGUAGUCAUAAUUGAGUUAUGUGUUAGAGUUAGAGGUGUCUGUUGAGAAGCUGAAUAAUGUGUUUGUCUCCAUGCAGCUCUAAAGAGCCCAGCGGCAUUCCAUGAGCAGAUACGCAGCCUGGAGAGAGCCAGGGUAAGAGCUCAGCCUUGCAAAAACAUUCCCCAAUAUAUUCUGUAUUCUUGUAUUGAAAUUUCUUGAAAAUGGCCUGUCCCCGCUUUCCCUUUCCCAGACGGAAAACUUCCUGAAACACAAGAUCCGCAGCCGACCAGAGCGAUCUGAGCUGGUCAGAAUGCACAUCCUCAAGGAGACUGGGGCAGAGCCCUCCCUGCAGGCCACCCAGAUGAAGCUGAAGAGGGCCAGGCUGGCUGACGACCUGAAUGAGAAGUUGGCCCAGCGCCCCGGCCCCAUGGAACUGGUAGAAAAGAACAUUCUGCCUGUAGAACCCAGCGUCAAGGAGGCCAUCAUUGGUAAGGCCUGGUAGAGCGAGAUAGCGAUCUGGCGCCGUAUCAAGAGUCUGAGUGUAGGAGUGCUGAAUUAGGAUCAGUUUUGUUUUUUAGAUCAUAAUAAAUACGAUUAGAUGGACAGCCGGAACCUGAUCCUAGAUCAGCACUCCUACUCUGAUACACUUGGUGAAUACGGGCCUAAAUCACCGAAUUUUGAGGCCUGUUUGUUGACCUUUACCCCUUUCUAAACUUGAUGUGAUGUAUUAAAGUUGACUGUGUUGGUCCCUCAGUAAACUACCCCAAAGCGCUGGACGCGUACAGAUUUGAGGAGGACAGCGGGGAAGCCCUGUCUCCAGAGCAGCCGGCCAGCCACGAGUCCCAGGCCUCCGCACCCUCCCCUGGGGAACCUCGGGCCCUGGAGACCCCCUGCCCACCACCGCUGCCCACAAUCACACAGGUAGGGAUUAGGGAGAUUCUUUAUCCACUUUUUUUUAAAACAUUUUAGUCAUUUAGCAGACACUCUUAUCCAGAGCGAGUUACAGUUAGUGAGUGCAUACAUUAUUAUUUUUUCAUACUGGCCCCCCGUGGGAAUCGAACCCACAACCCUGGCGUUGCAAACACCACGCUCUACCAACUGAGCUACAUCCCUGCCGGCCAUUCCCUCCCCUACCCUGGACGACACUGGGCCAAUUGUGCGCCACCCCAUGGUCUCCCGGUCACGGCCGGCUACGACAGAGCCUGGAUUUGAACCAGGAUCUCUAGUGGCACAGCUAGCACUGCGAUGCAGUGCCUUAGACCACUGCGCCACUCGGGAGACUGAAUGUCCUUUUGAAGGACAGUAAAUAUGCUUCAUCAUACCUAGUGUUACAAAGGGAGGGUAUAUUACUGGAAACUUUCGGAGUUUACCAGUAAACUACCAGAAUUUUGGUAGCCUUCAAGUUUUUGGGGGGAAUUUUAUAAGAUUACAUCUAGUGGCCUUUUUGGGUACUUCAUAUUAUCACAGGUGUCUGUAAUUAUCUAUGGUCCUCUGUGGUAUUAUCACAUGUAAAAUAAUCAAAUAAGAUUAUUUUAAAAUAAACAAUUUAAUGACAAAGCUGUAAAACAUUAUCUUAAAUAUAAACCAUCAACUUAGUGAAUACAAUUGAUGUUUAAUAUGAUGGUUUCAGCAUUAAAUAUAUUUUAUAUUUCUUUACAAAUGUAUUUAUUUUACAAUGUCAAUAUGUCUUUGUUUUAAACUGGUGGCAGUUGUGAAAAAAGUCAAUAGUUGAAAGAGUUUCAGUUAAUUUAAAAUAAUGCUAUUGUUGAUUUUAGAUGCUUUUUUCAUUACUCUUGAACCAUAUGGUCUAUCCACUAGAGCAGUGUUUCCCAACUCCAGUCCUCGGAUACCCUCCAAUAGUACACGUUUGUUGUAGCCGCGGACAAGCACACCUGAUUCAACUUGUCAACGAAUCAUCAAGCCCUCAAUGAGUUGAAUCAGGUGGGGUUUGUCCGGGGAUACAACAAAAAUGUGUGCUGUUGAGGGUGCUUGAGGACUGGAGUUGGGAAACACUGGACUAGAAACUCAUGGACAAUAUGGACACAGAUAUAAAAAAUGAAUACUUAUAUGAAUACAUUUAAAAAAAAGUUAUUCAAGUAUAAAUUAACAUAGUAACUUUGGUAAAUAACCGGUAGCUUUGCAACCCUAAUCAUACCUCUCAUUCUUUGUCUACCCCUGAAUGAUUGUAACAAUUAAUAAUUUAGGUAAAUGUUCAGAGAAAUUGAAAUUAUUAACAUGAAACAUAGGCUUACAGUUAUUACUGAAAUGUGUUCCUCUGUCUUUUCUUUCUGUCCCAGCCCUUCCCUGUUGUCACCCAGGCAACGGCAGACUUCCUAAAAGCUCUCUCCACCAAUGAGCUGCCAGUCAGUCACCCAGCACCCACAUCUCAGCCAAUCAUCACUGUCGUUCCUUCAAAGCCAGGGCCCACCCUAGUGAAAGUAAGCAGACACAUUGUUCUGUCUACUGUUUAGGGAAGUAGACUUUCUAAACAUCAAACUUCACAUUUGAAACAAAAGUUCAGUCUUUGAACUAGCAUUGAAUCCAAAUCGCUGAAUAAAUAAAGGUGUUUAGAAAAAACGAUAUGUCUUUCUGUACUCAAAUCUGGAUUCAGUCAUCUUCCAGUCAUUGAAAAAAACAGUUAUUGAGUCACUUCUAAACACAGAUUGUCAGACCUGUCCCUGUUCAUUCAAACAAGUCUGUAAGGCAGACUGACUGUAGUUUUCAAUCAUGUGCAUUUCUCCUCCUCUGUCAUCCCACAGCAGAGCCAGCCCAAGCAGCCGGGGGAGAGGAAUCGCAGUAAGAAGGGCAAGGAGCCCAAGCCCCGGGUCAAGAAGUUAAAGUACCACCAGUAUGUCCCCCCGGACCAGAAACAGGAGGCCAGCGAAGCCCACAUGGACUCAUCCUACACCAAGAUCCUUCACCAGCAGCAACUCUUCCUCCAGCUGCAGAUCCUUAACCAACAACAGCAGCACUACAACUACCACACCAUCCUCCCAGCACCUUUAAAGUAGGAUAUUACUGUCAUAUCAGGGCAAAGAAAUAUAUAAUAAUCACUUCUAACACUCCUAGGGUCAAAUCAUAACUUCCACUUAAGUCCAAUCUCCACUUUGUCAAUGGGAGACUAAGUGAAAAUGUGAUUUAAAUUGAAGUUAGGAUUUGCCCCAGAGGCUCAACAGACUCUAAAUUCUGAGAUCCGACCCGGGACCCGAGCAGGUCCGGGUAGGCUUGGGCGAUAUACUGUUUAAACCGUUUCAUUAGUCCAUUGUUGACAGUCCCAAAAUGUUUUGCAUGUCAGCAAUGAAGUUAUCAAGAUAUACUGUAUGUAACUUUCAAAAUACAGAAAUCAUCCCCGUAUGAUGCAUUUGCAUCAUAUGAUGCUGUGUUUUGCAUCAUAUGGUGAUGAUGUCUGUAUUUUGAAAGUUACAUACAGUAUCUUGAACUUGAUUGCUGAGAAGCGAAAAAUGUUGUGACUAUGUCAACAAUGGACUAAUGAAACAAAUACUAAAAGAUAGUUUUUGGGUGGAAUUUUCCUUUAAAUUAAGUAUAACUAUAAGAAAUCAGUGUCAAAUAAAUUAUAUCCAGCUCAGGGCUCCAGCUAUGCAUUUGGUUUGCUAAAUUGCUAGCUAAGUGGCUAGAUUUCAAGAUUAAGCUUCUUGGUUACAGCGGAGACAUUCAAUCCCCUCCUGGAUCAAGAUCCCUGUUGCCUAAAUUGUUUUGUGCAUACAUUUUUUGGAAAUAGUUCACCUUGUGUGCACAUUCGGUACAGAAACAAUAUGACUGUAUGAAAAUCUGGAUACCGCCUCGACCCUAAGUCCGGGUCCUAAAUUCAGACUUUUGUAUCGGAUCAGGGUCGGGUCUGAUAUAAUUGCCACGGGUCUCGGGUAUGUGCAAUUAAAAUUGAUUUACCGACUGGAGCUGAUUGGACCCGUCCUCUGUUUAAUAAUGUGUGUGAAGUGAUGAGAACUGCGCAAGCUUGUUAUUUGUGUCAGCCAAUUGCAACUCAAUAAAAUGUAUAGCUUAUGUCCAUUUGAAACUGUUUCCAGCUGCUCACUGAGGAGAGAGAGAAAGCGAGUGAAAGGAGCCUUGGCCUUGGCCAGUGGUUCCAAAUUUUUUCAGUUACUCUACCACCAACUGAAGUACCCCUGAAGUACCCCCUCAUGUGCAUUUUACCAGUAAGCCUAUGGUCUCAUGAGUCCUGGUUGGGAACCACUGGCCUAGGCUACUGUUGAUUGCGAAGAUGGAGUUCUUUUUCAUUUAAGUAAAAUUUAAGUUAGAUAAGAAGGAGUAUAAUGAAAAGAAGCCGACAACGGGGAAUUUCCUCAGUGACAAGUUUUAAUAUUGUAGUGGACAAAGAUGAGAAGAAUGUUGCCGCGGCCAAAUGGACUGUGUGCAACUCGCUAUUCAGGUUUCAUGUAAUUUUCUAACUUUUAUGUAUUUAUUUUUUGUAUUCAUCAUUUGUUUGAUCAUUAUUAUUAUUGUAUAUCAUUAUUAUUGUCUGCCUAUUUAAGAUUCUAAACCAGUUGUUUAUAUAUUAAAUAUUAAUUUGAUUUUUUAAAAGAAUUUAGACCAGUUCUUUAAAAAUGUUGGUGGCUAAAUUAAAUUGGAGCUGUCUUUUUUAAUUUUGUGCUCCGUAUUUAGUUUAAGAUAAGUUUAAAGUAGGCCUGUUGUAAAAUAAAUAGCAUUAGCCUAUUGCUGUCAUUUGUUGGGUAGGCCUACGGUAGGCACUCGCCUUUGUUGGUAAUUGCUGCAAUAUAAGCCUGUUCAAAACUUUUGUGAAGCUUUAAACCAGUUCUUUAAAUAUGCAACAAGUGUUAUGUUUCAUUCUGUUGAGACAUUUUCUUUGGCCAAAUUAAGUUCCAACUGUAAUGUUGUUUGCCUCAAUAUAAUAGAAUUACUGGUAGGCCUACUAUAGGGCUACUCGUACUCACACCAUGAAAAUGAAAAACCAAAGAGGGCGAGAUGCAAAAUGUAAUUUAAUGCCGCAAUAUAAGAACCUGUUCGCAUUUUCCCUAUACAUUUUCAUGGCACCUGUCUGAUUUGCGCCUGUCUCAGUGGACUAAUCCAUUGAGGAGGACGUGGGGGUGCCACGCUCCAAGAAUAAGGGGAGUGUAGCUCACAUGCACAAGGCACGUCUCUCUCCAAAAUGCGCUCUCUCCCACCAUUUUGUUUGAAUUCAUUGUUUCAUAACUUCAUUGUGUGCAUUGUUUGCUGUGUCUAUCAAUUCCCCAUUACAUAUAUCGCCAGUAGUAGCCUACAUUUACCGUUAAUUCCCAUAGUUUCUAAUUUGCAAUGUUUGGUUAUGGUCAUUUCUGUUAAUACAUUCAAUAUAUUAUUAUUACAGUCGUUUACUGGUCUCAUUGUUGGAGUGGACACGUUGUUUGCAGAGUUUUGUCAAUUUAUUAAUCGUCUUUUGUUUGAAACGCUCCUGUCAAUGUUGAGUAAGGACACGCACCUGAUUACGCAUAGAAGUAGGACUAGUCUACCUGGCCUGCAAGCAAAUGUAGGCCUAUAAAUGUGGCAAUUUGGCGAUGUCUGAUUUAGUAUUUCUGAUUGUCUUAACUCACCACCACUAAUGAGCUGUGGAGCUUCUCAAAGUAAUUUUUUCUUCACCUCAAACUGCAAGUAAACAAAGUCUGUUUUAAGAAUCAAUUGAGAAUGACAAUAGUUCCUCAAAGUAUUAAACAAAUAUUUCCAGCUCUCCCUUUUGAUAACCACUCGGCAUGAAAGGGGGAAAAUGUAAAGCUCUGAUCCAUUGGAAACGUCAUAAAAUAUAAAAUACCUGAUUUACUUCUUAUCAAGUUUGUUGCAGACAGGCCAUGCGUUGCCAAUGUGAUUUAUAGGAUAUUUAUUUUUAUGAGGAUAUUUUCUACCUGCAGGCUGCAAUGUUUUUAUUUGUUGGCUUUAUGUAGGCUAUUUUUUACAUAUACUGAACAAAAAUAUAAACCCAACAUGCAACAAAUUUCAACGAUUUUACUGAGUUACAGUUCCUAUAAGGAAAUCAGUCAAUUUAAAUAAAUUCAUUAGGCCCUAAUCUAUGGAUUUCACAUGACUGGGCAGGGGUGCAGCCUUGGGUGGGCCUGGGAGGGCAUAGACCCACCCACUUGGAAGCCAGGCCCACCCACUGGGGAGCCAGGCCCAGCCAAUCAGAAUGAGUUUUUCCUCACAAAAGGGCUUUAUUAUAGACAGAAAUACUCCUCAGUUUCAUCAGCUGUCCGGGUGGCUGGUCUCAGACGAUUCCGCAGGUGAAGAAGCCGGAUGUGGAGGUCCUGGGUCUGCGGUUGUGAGGCCGGUUUGAUGUGCUGCCAAAUUCUCUAAAACGAAGUUAGAGGCGACUUAUGGUAGAUAAAUGAACAUUAAAUUAUCUGGCAACAGCUCUGGUGGACAUUCCUGCAGUCAGCAUGCCAAUUGCGCGCUCCCUCAACUUGGGACAUCUGUGGUAUUGUGUUGUGUGACAAAACUGCACAUUUUUAGUGGCCUUUUAUUGUCCCCAGCACAAGGUGCACCUAUGUAAUGAUCAUGCUGUUUAAUCAGCUUCUUGAUAUGCCACCUGUCAGGUGGAUGGAUUAUCUUGGCAAAGGAGAAAUGCUCACUAACAGGGAUGUAAACAAAUGUGUGCACAACAUUUGAGAGAAAUAUGCUUUUUGUGCGUAUGGAACAUUUCUGGGAUCUUUUAUUUCAGCUCAUGAAACAUGGGACCAUCACCUUACAUGUUACGUUUAUAUUUUUGUUGAGUAUAGGCAGUGGCAAUAAAAGUUACUUUUAGAUUUGUAUAAUUUUCAUUUAGAUUUAGAUAGAAUGUAGAUUACCACAGACAAUGAUUUUGAGAUACAAGACUAUUAUAAAUUAAAUGAAACUGUUCCAUGAAAAUGUGCAUAUUAAAAUCAUAACUGGCACGCAGAUCAGUAGAAAUGGUAAGAUAAAUUGGUACUCCAAAUGGAAAAGGUUGCCAACCGCUGGUGUAGCCUGUUCCCGGCAACUUCAGGAGUGUAAAGGUAGAAUCUGCUAAGGCCAGCAGCAGUGGGAGGAAGAGGGUCAGGAACUGGUUUUCUUCUUCUGAUUAGGCUAUCUUGAUCUCUGGAUCCCUCUUGAGUCAUUUGUGUGUCUUAAUUAUUUAAUCGAACAGAGGACUUGAAUCAGACAAGUUCAGUACAUAUAUUUGAGUUUAUUAAAACACAGGGUGUUUUUAUACAUUUGCAUUUUAGUCAUUUAGCAGACGCUCUUAUCCAGAGCAACUUACAGUUAGUGAGUGCAUACAUUUUCAUACUGGCACCCCCGUGGGAAACGAACCCACAACCCUGGCGUUGCAAGCGCCAUGCUCUACCAACUGAGCUACAGGGCUACUUUUUUUUAGGGGGACAGCCCUACUUUUGUGAAGGUUUGGUGUGGUAUGCUAUUAUUAGGCUUAGCUACUGCAGGCCUAUGAAGGCAGUGCGCACCAGCGCUCCAACUGACUCCGACAGUUGAACUUGAGGUGAGGAAGAAUGUUUUAGGCCUACCGGAGUUACUCCUUUAAUCUAACAAUAUAAUGCUUAUCUCUAUAGAAAAUAUUCAGAUAGAACAUUUACAAAUUAGCCUCCUUCUGUACGCCUAUAUCUGUAUAGCAGUAGUAGCCAUCUGACAGGUAGCCUAUAAAGAAAUGCAUGUCGGUGUCGGAAACAUGGCUCCGGCAUAUCUCUAUCUUUCUCUCCGUCUCUCCAGGGCUAGGCCUAAGCUUCCCUUCCUUUACAGUGAGGGAAAAAAGUAUUUGAUCCCCUGCUGAUUUUGUACGUUUGCCCACUGACAAAGACAUGAUCAGUCUAGAAUUUUAAUGGUAGGUUUAUUUGAACAGUGAGAGACAGAAUAAUAACAAAAAAAAAUUAUAAAUUGAUUUGCAUUUUAAUAAGGGAAAAAAGUAUUAGACCCCUCUGCAAAACAUGACUUAGUACUUGGUGGCAAAACCCUUCUUGGCAAUCACAGAGGUCAGACGUUUCUUGUAGUUGGCCACCAGGUUUGCACACAUCUCAGGAGGGAUUUUGUCCCACUCCUCUUUGCAGAUCUUCUCCAAGUCAUUAAGGUUUCGAGGCUGACGUUUGGCAACUCGAACCUUCAGCUCCCUCCAUUUUCAAUGCCCUGGCUGAGAGAAGGAGGUUUUCACCCAAGAUUUGACGGUACAUGGCCCCGUCCAUCGUCCCUUUUGAUGCGGUGAAGUUGUCCUGUCCCCUUAGCUGAAAAACACCCCCAAAGCAUAAUGUUUCCACCUCCAUGUUUGACGGUGGGGAUGGUGUUCUUGGGGUCAUAGGCAGCAUUCCUCCUCCUCCAAACACGGCGAGUUGAGUUGAUGCCAAAGACCUCGAUUUUGGUCUCAUCUGACCACAACACUUUCACCCAGUUCUCCUCUGAAUCAUUCAGAUGUUCAUUGGCAAACUUCAGACGGGCCUGUAUAUGUGCUUUCUUGAGCAGGGGGACCUUGCGGGUGCUGCAGGAUUUCAGUCUUUCACAGCGUAGUGUGUUACCAAUUGUUUUCUUGGUGACUAUGGUCCCAGCUGCCUUGAGAUCAUUGACAAGAUCCUCCCGUGUAGUUCUGGGCUGAUUCCUCACCGUUCUCAUGAUCAUUGCAACUCCACAAGGUGAGAUCUUGCAUGGAGCCCCAGGCCGAGGGAGAUUUGACAGUUAUUUUGUGUUUCUUCCAUUUGCGAAUAAUCGCACCAACUGUUGUCACCUUCUCACCAAGCUGCUUGGCGAUGGUCUUGUAGCCCAUUCCAGCCUUGUGUAGGUCUACAAUCUUGUCCCUGACAUCCUUGGAGAGCUCUUUGGUCUUGGCCAUGGUGGAGAGUUUGGAAUCUGAUUGAUUGCUUCUGUGGACAGGUGUCUUUUUAUACAGGUAACAAGCUGAGAUUAGGAGCACUCCCUUUAAGAGUGUGUUCCUAAUCUCAGCUCAUUACCUGUAUAAAAGACACCUGGGAGCCAGAAAUCUUUCUGAUUGAGAGGGGGUAAAAUACUUAUUUCCCUCAUUAAAAUGUAAAUCAAUUCAUAACAUUUUUGACAUGCGUUUUUCUGGAUUAUUUUGUUGUUAUUCUGUCUCUCACUGUUCAAAUAAACCUACCAUUAAAAUUAGGCUGAUAAUUUCUUUGUCAGUGGGCAAACGUACAAAAUCAGCAGGGGAUCAAAUACUUUUUUCCCUCACUGUAUAUAUGUAUUUUUUAAAUGUUAAUAUCAAACAGUGGACGCCUAGGCCUGUAUGCAUGUAAUGCCCUGAUGUAUUUAGCGCUGAACCCUGAGGUGGACAAUUAUUGUUUUAGGAAAGUAAAACCAAUAAAACAAUAGGCUAUAAAGUUUUGAAUAUACUUCACAUCGAAACGCAACUAAUAGUUUUUUUGUAAUUUCUUAUAGGCAGUUAAGGACACUUAACUGUGGAUUAUUUGGCCAAUAUCACUUGUUUAUUGAUUGCGCUGCAGCACCCAGUUGGAGGUUUCUUUCUCCCUCUCGGAUCUGAACGGAUCUCUCGGAUCCAAACCAGCACGGGUCUGUUUUUCCACAGGUCUGUUUUUCCACAGGUCUGUUUUUCCACAGGUCUGUUUUUCCAUGGGCCUUUUCGGAACGUGUCUGACUGUCCUCGUUAAAAAAAAAAAAAUGUAUUUAUGCAUAUCGGUCGGGUGGGAAAGCCAUGGAGCCAUUUUGGAAGACCUCUAAUUUGCCCAUUACUAGGUUAAUAACCUCUGACGUAAUGACGACAUCUGUCUACCUGUUGUUCAAACAAUGGUUUACAAGAGAACAUUAUGUUAGCUGGAAAGUACCUAAAAAGCAACCCAACUGUUGUUUCCAAUGGCCUAAAUGGCAAACGGACAAUUAGCUAGUUUCCAAUAACAAAUCCUCUGUAAUGAUAUGAAUAACCUGCAGGAUGCUGUUUUGGCCUUUUCUAUAAUUUCUGUGUUAGUGGGAGUUGAUCCAGGGCCCAUUAGAACUGUGUAUUUCAGUUAUUGUUGGAACUCUGCAUUGUUCUAUUGACUGACUGUACUAAGGUGCAGGGCAGAGGAAGCUCCUUAGUUCCUUUCAUAUUGCUAACACAUUUCCCUUCUCCCGCUCUCUCCACCUCUUUCCCCCACAUUUCCUCUCUCACUCCACCCUCUUUACUCUCCCUCCUUCCCCUUGUUUCUCUCUCCAUUCACCUCCCUCUCCUCUUCCAGGCCUGUAGCUGAGGGUCAGAACAGCGGUGUGAGCGGCCUGCCAACCUCUAUAGUGGUAUCCCUGCCUCCCGCCCCCUCUGUCACUGUCCCUCAUCCCACCCCUGUUCGUCCCAACAACAGCCUGUCCAACCGCAAGCCUGGCCACCUGCCUCCCAACCUGGAGGACAUGAAGGUGGCCGAGUUGAAACUGGAGCUGAAAUUGCGAAGCCUCCCUGUCUCAGGGACCAAGACUGAACUCAUCGAGAGGCUGAAGCCCUACCAGGAGAGCCCCAGCACCCCGGCCCCUACCACAGUCCCAACCCCCGGCCCUAACACCCUCCCCUCCUCAGUUCCUGUAGAGGUAGGCUCAUCCCCCGCACUUCUCCUACCUGCCCACCAGGUGGCACCAGAGAGCAUGAGCGCCACACCCCCAGUGUCCCCAAUCCCCACAGACCUCGCCACCUUCAGAGACGACAGCGUGAUGCCAAGGGUAUCCAAGCUCCUUUGCGACCCCCAGAGGGUGAGCCUCUGUCGGACAGGCGCGGGGAUGUCCCCCCUUGGGCUGGAUGUUGUCCCUGGUCGUGUCCCGGAGGAGAAGGACCGGCGGCUCCAUGAAAAGGAACGUCAGAUCGAGGAGCUGAUGAGGAAGCUGGAGCAGGAGCAGAGGCUGGUGGAGGAGCUCAAGAUGCAGCUGGAUGUGGAGAAGAAGACCCAGCCUCUCCAGGGACCCUCCUCAGACACCGUCCCCAUGAUCCAGACCUCAAACGCGGUCAAAAUGGGAGGCAGGGUCCUUCCUAACUGCUCAGCCAUGGUUAACUCAACCCUGGCCCCCCAGACUCUCCCCACUGUGGUGAAGGUAGAAGAUGUAAUUUGUAACACCAGCACCCACCCCCAUUCGGCCCCCAGCCUGCCCCAGUUCUUCUUCAGCCACCAGGGUGCAGUGUCCCAGGUUCUAGGCCAGUCUGUUUCCCAGACCCUACUCACGGCCCAGGAUGGCUCUACUCAGAUCCUCCUUCCUGUCCUCCAGGCUACGUUGUCAAAUCAAGCCCCAGGUCUGAUGCAGGCCUCCAUCUCCCAGCUGCAGACCACCAAGAUGGAGACAGCCUCCACUCAGCAGAUAACUAAUCACAACCACAUUUUGCAGGUGAGUCAAGUCACGGUGCUCAUACACUGAUCUCUCACAUAGAUCGUCUUAAAUCAGGUUACAGACCAGUUAACUAGGCCUAAGACCUCUAGACUUAGCAAGUGCUGUAAUAUUAGCAGGCUAGUUAAUUGGUUUCGUUAAACUAUGCUCCAGUAUUUUAACCCCCUUCUGUGUCUGUUCUACAGACUGUUACAGUUUGUAACGUCCCUGGCUCUGGGAUGGUGGAGAACCACACUAGGACCAACAUGCCACCCCAGUGUUUCCUGAGCAGCUCCCCAGAUAACAGGCUCUCACCCCGGGAGGCUUCACCAAGCCACAACCUCUCCAAUGGGCCUGUCAACAAGGUACGCUUUCUCUAUUUAUUAUUAGGAAAACAUCAUCCUCUAACCUAAAUGUGAUGAAAAAAUACAUAUUGUAAACCUAUCUUUCCAGUUCCAGUUUUCUUUUUUUCUCUUUCAAAUCCUUUCAAAUCUUACAUUGGGUAUGCAGUGCCUUCGGAAAGUAUUCAGACCCCUUGACCUUUUCCACAUUUUGGUACGUUACAGCCUUAUUCUAAAAUUAAACAAAGUCCUCAGCAGUCUACACACAAUACCCAAUAAUGAAAAAGCAAAAACAGGUAUUUAGAAAAUUUUGCAAAUGUAUUAAUAAUUAAAAACAGAAAUACCUAUUUUUUUUGGGGGGGGGUAGAUCAGCUUAAUAUUGCAGAUUGUAACUUCCAUCAAUGUAAUUGUCUGCAUCACUUCCAAUCCCCCAUGUUUAUUUAUUUAUUUUUAUAUAUAUAUAUAUAUAUAUAUAUAUAUAUAUAUAUACAUAUACACACACACACACAUACAUACACAUAUACACACACAUACAUACAUACAUAUCCUUAAAUUUUUUUAUAUAUAUAUUCCCCUUUUACUUUCCAACCCCGCCACUCUUUCCCUACUUGGAGUAAACUAGUGAACAACAAUGCUUAGGCCUCUACUUCCAGCUUAUACUUACUAUCUACAUUUUAUGGACACAGUCAAUUUUACAAUAAUUACAUUUUGUUUGUUCUUUCUCCUGAACUUCUUCUACUCUCAGCCUCUCCGAUCAUUUUCAUGAUGUCCAUCCGGUUUGCUUCUAUAUGCCAUAACUUUCUAACUGUGCUCCUUCACAAUUAGAAAGAUAUGGCAUAAGUACAUAAGUAUUCAGACCCUUUGCUAUGAGAGUCGAAAUUGAGCUCAGGUGCAUCCUGUUUCCAUUGAUCAUCCUUGAGAUGUUUCUACAACUUGAUUGGAGGCCACCAAUGGUAAAUUCAAAUGAUUGAACAUGAUUUGGAAAGGCACACACCUAUAUAAGGUUCCACAGUUGACAGUGCAUGUCAGAGCAAUAACCAAGCCAUGAGGUCGAAGGAAUUGUCCGUAGAGCUCCGAGACAGGAUUGUGUCGAGGCACAGAUCUGGGGAAGGGUACAAAACAUUUCUGCAGCAUUGAAAGUCCUCAAGAACACAGUGGCCUCCAUCAUUCUUAAAUGGAAUAAGUUUGGAAACAACAAGACUCUUCCUAGAGCUGGCCUCCCGGCCAAACUGAGCAAUCUGGGGAGAAGGGCCUUGGUCAGGGAGGUGACCAAAAACCCAAUGGUCACUCUGACAGAUCUUUAGAGUUCCUCUGUGGACAUGGGAGAACCUUCCAGAAGGACAACCAUCUCUGCAGCACUCCACCAAUCAGGCCUUUAUGGUAGAGUGGCCAGACGGAAGCCACACACCCUCUUGGAGUUUGCCGAAAAGGCACCUAAAGACUCUCAGACCAUGAGAAACAAGAUUUUCUGGUCUGAUGAAACCAAGAUUGAACUCUUUGGCCUGAAUGCCAAGCGUCACAUCUGGAGGAAACCUGCCACCAUCCCUACGGUGAAGCAUGGUGGUGGCAGCAUGCUGUGGGGAUGUUUUUCAGCGGCAGGGACUGGGAGACUGGUCUGGAUGAAGGCAAAGAUGAACGGAGCAAAGUACAGAGAGAUCCUUGAUGAAAACCUGAUCCAGAGCGCUCCGGACCUCAGACUGGGGCCAAGGUUCACCUUCCAACAGGACAAUGACCCUAAGCACAUAACCAAGACAACGCAGGAGUGGCUUCAGGACAAGUCUCUGAAUGUCCUUGAGUGGCCCAGCCAGAGCCCAGACUUGAACCCGAUCGAACAUCUCUGGAGAGACCUGAAAAUAGCUGUGCAGAAACGCUCCCCAUCCAACCUGACAGAACUUGUAGCGUCCCCAAGAAGACUUGAUGCUGUAAUCGCUGCCAAAGGUGUUUCAACAAAGUACUGAGUUAAAGGGUCAGAAUACUUAUGUAAAUGUAAUAUAUUUACGUUUUUUAUUUUUAAUAAAUUAGCAAAAACUUGAAAAACCUGUUUUUGCUUAGUCAUUAUGGGGUAUUGUGUGUAGAUUGAUGUGGGGGGGAAUAAAAAAUAAAUAAUCCAUUUUAGAAUAAGGCUGUAACAUAACAAAAUGUGGAAAACGUCAAGGGGUCUGAAUACUUUCCAAAUGCACUGUAUAAGUCUUUGUUACAGACAAGGUAGGUUGUGUUUGUUAAAUAUUUUCCUCUUCUCUCAAUUCCUCCAGUCCCCCUCUCCAUCUCCAUCCCAGCCUGCCUUCAUCCUCCACCCCUCCUCCCUCGUUACCCAGCCCCCCAAGACCAGGGAGCCCCCCCGCUAUGAGGAUGCACUUAAACAGACCCGCAACCUGCAGCAAGCCAACAACCUCACACAGGUGAACACUAGGGUUGAAUGGCAAUAUCCAUGAUUUACCGCCCAAAACCACUCCCUUUUCAAGGGAUAAAUAACUGUGAGAAACCGGUAAAUUAUAAUAAAUUAUUUAUAUGAACAGCAUGACGUGAAAUGGAACUGUUAAAUUAUAUGCGAUGUCUACAUCUGGAUUCUCUACGGCCUUCUCUCUGGUCAAUGCAUGAUGAAUCAUCAAAGCUUAGGGUGGGGACAGACCGCCCAUCUCAGUAUAGACCUAUCAUCUCAUCAUGGUAACUUUUUUAAUUGUGACAGGUAGACCUUCAUUUGCUGCAGCAUAUAGCCUAUGCUACAGUUAUAUAAAGACCGAAUGCCCAUCUAAUUGACACAUCUCCAUCUGGCUUUCGGGGGUCAACUUAAUUUUUUAUUGUAGCUGCAGAGUUUUAAAACACUCCUAUAUCGUUGCUUUUAGUCAAUGUACAAGCGAACACUCUCUCGCAGUCUUUCUCUCUCUACAUCCACUCCAUUUAAAUUGCAUCCAAAAUAGAUAAUCCUGUUCAAGAUUGAUAUAUAGGCCUAUAUACAGUGGGGAGAACAAGUAUUUGAUACACUGCUGAUUUAGCAGGUUUUCCUACUUACAAAGCAUGUAGAGGUCUGUAAUUUUUAUCAUAGGUACACUUCAACUGUGAGAGACGGAAUCUAAAACAAAAAUCCAGAAAAUCACAUUGUAUGAUUUUUAAGUAAUUCAUUUGCAUUUUAUUGCAUGACAUAAGUAUUUGAUACAUCAGAAAAGCAGAACUUAAUAUUUGGUACAGAAACCUUUGUUUGCAAUUACAGAGAUCAUACGUUUCCUGUAAGUCUUGACCAGGUUUGCACACACUGCAGCAGGGAUUUUGGCCCACUCCUCCAUACAGACCUUCUCCAGAUCCUUCAGGUUUCGGGGCUGUCGCUGGGCAAUAUGGACUUUCAGCUCCCUCCAAAGAUUUUCUAUUGGGUUCAGAUCUGGAGACUGGCUAGGCCACUCCAGGACCUUGAGAUGCUUCUUACGGAGCCACUCCUUAGUUGCCCUGGCUGUGUGUUUCGGGUCGUUGUCAUGCUGGAAGGCCCAGCCACGACCCAUCUUCAAUGCUCUUACUGAGGGAAGGAGGUUGUUGGCCAAGAUCUCGCGAUACAUGGCCCCAUCCAUCCUCCCCUCAAUGCGGUGCAGUCGUCCUGUCCCCUUUGCAGAAAAGCAUCCCCAAAUAAUUAUGUUUUCACCUCCAUGCUUCACGGUUGGGAUGGUGUUCUUGGGGUUGUACUCAUCCUUCUUCUUCCUCCAAACACGGCGAGUGGAGUUUAGACCAAAAAGCUAUAUUUUUGUCUCAUCAGACCACAUGACCUUCUCCCAUUCCUCCUCUGGAUCAUCCAGAUGGUCAUUGGCAAACUUCAGACGGGCCUGGACAUGCGCUGGCUUGAGCAGGGGGACCUUGCGUGUGCUGCAGGAUUUUAAUCCAUGACGGCGUAGUGUUUUACUAAUGGUUUUCUUUGAGACUGUGGUCCCAGCUCUCUUCAGGUCAUUGACCAGGUCCUGCCGUGUAGUUCUGGGCUGAUCCCUCACCUUCCUCAUGAUCAUUGAUGCCCCACGAGGUGAGAUCUUGCAUGGAGCCCCAGACCGAGGGUGAUUGACCGCCAUCUUGAACUUCUUCCAUUUUCUAAUAAUUGCGCCAACAGUUGUUGCCUUCUCACCAAGCUGCUUGCCUAUUGUCCUGUAGCCCAUCCCAGCCUUGUGCAGGUCUACAAUUUUAUCCCUGAUGUCCUUACACAGCUCUCUGGUCUUGGCCAUUGUGGAGAGGUUGGAGUCUGUUUGAUUGAGUGUGUGGACAGGUGUCUUUUAUACAGGUAACGAGUUCAAACAGGUGCAGUUAAUAAAGGUAAUGAGUGGAGAACAGGAGGGCUUCUUAAAGAAAAACUAACAGGUCUGUGAGAGCCGGAAUUCUUACUGGUUGGUAGGUGAUCAAAGACUUACAGUGGGGGAAAAAAGUAUUUAGUCAGCCACCAAUUGUGCAAGUUCUCCCACUUAAAAAGAUGAGAGAGGCCUGUAAUUUUCAUCAUAGGUACACGUCAACUAUGACAGACAAAAUGAGAAAAAAAAUCCAGAAAAUCACAUUGUAGGAUUUUUUAUGAAUUUAUUUGCAAAUUAUGGUGGAAAAUAAGUAUUUGGUCAAUAACAAAAGUUUCUCAAUACUUUGUUAUAUACCCUUUGUUGGCAAUGACACAGGUCAAACGUUUUCUGUAAGUCUUCACAAGGUUUUCACACACUGUUGCUGGUAUUUUGGCCCAUUCCUCCAUGCAGAUCUCCUCUAGAGCAGUGAUGUUUUGGGGCUGUCGCUGGGUAACACAGACUUUCAACUCCCUCCAAAGAUUUUCUAUGGGGUUGAGAUCUGGAGACUGGCUAGGCCACUGGUGCAGGUCUACAAUUUUGUUUCUGGUGUCCUUUGACAGCUCUUUGGUCUUGGCCGUAGUGGAGUUUGGAGUGUGACUGUUUGAGGUUGUGGACAGGUGUCUUUUAUACUGAUAACAAGUUCAAACAGGUGCCAUUAAUACAGGUAACGAGUGGAGGACAGAGGAGCCUCUUAAAGAAGAAGUUACAGGUCUGUGAGAGCCAGAAAUCUUGCUUGUUUGUAGGUGACCAAAUACUUAUUUUCCACCAUAAUUUGCAAAUAAAUUCAUUAAAAAUCCUACAAUGUGAUUUUCUGGAGAAAAAAAAUCUUAAUUUGUCUUUCAUAGUUGACGUGUACCUAUGAUGAAAUUUACAGGCCUCUCUCAUCUUUUUAAGUGGGAGAACUUGCACAAUUGGUGGCUGACUAAAUACUUUUUUUCCCACUGUAUGUCAUGCAAUAAAAUACAAAUUAAUUACUUAAAAAUCAUACAAUGUGAUUUUCUGGAUUUUUGUUUUAGAUUCCGUCUCUCACAGUUGAAGUGUACCUAUGAUAAAAAUUACAGACCUCUACAUGCUUUGUAAGUAGGAAAACCUGCAAAAUCGGCAGUGUAUCAAAGACUUGUUCUCCUCACUGUGUGUAUAUAUAUAUAUAUAUAUAUGUCCUAGCCUACCUCUUUCAGGUAAUACAUUCAAUGCAGGAUUAGCCUUAAAUUUAGGUAAUUAAUGAUGGGUUAUGCAUAAUAAGCUACUAAUUUACAUGGACCUGUGAUCCGCUGGCCUCUCUGUAAAAAAGGCUCCUUAGCUCUUGGAGUCCCAUGCAGGAAAAGCUAGACAAUAUUUUUUUUUUGAAUUUCUUAUACCAAUAGACUAUAUACCAAAAGAGCUCUUGUUUGCUGAAUGUUAAAUACAGCAGCUAAUAGAACUCACUGGUAGUUUGAAAGAAGAGCGAACGUGUGAUGGCGGUAGGCUAUAGCAGUUAUAUAUUCAGACCCAUAACCAUUCAGUCUUCGUGAAAAGAAGUGAAAGCCUUCUACAUCUAAUUCUAGUCCUAUAUUAUUCAAGGAUGUCAUUAGAAUGAUUAAGAUAAGGACAAUUAAACUUUAUUUAAUUUAACUGUUGAAAGCGAUGAAGGAAUGAAGCAACACUAAAGAGACAAAGAGGAGGUAGGCUAAUAAUAUUUGUGGAAAUAUUAUGAAAAUUGUAAAUCAAAUUUGCUAGCCUAUACAUGUGACUUCAUAGGCCGCAUGUGCUGCACCAGAAUUGCAUGUUCUCUUCUGCUUCAUAAUGGUUUGAACAAUGUGCGUAAUUCCAUUCCAUAUAAUACAGGAUAAUACAAUACAGUACAGUAAUACAGUUCACACUCAAAAAUAUUAGUCUUGUUUCAUUUAUUUACCCGAGAGAGCAUAUAGCUAGCUACAUCUAUGUGCUUUUAUGUUUUUCUGUCGUGCGUAAUGUGCAGUAGCUAUGUAUUGGAUAAUGGCACAAUCAUUUGUUUUUUUGGGGGCUUGGGCUCAUUAAAUGUAUUUAAUCAGGCUCAGGUUGCAUCAGGUUUGAAUUUUCAAUCAAAGCUCUAAUCAAAUGCAGACAUAGGCCUAUUUAUAUGUUCUAUAUUGCUUUUGAAUGACACUUCUGGUUUUGGCUGGAAAUACCAGGUUACCUGGGAGAAAAGGUAUUUAUUCUCGGGAUUAAACAUUUUUUAUAUCCUGGAAAAUAUUCAACCCUAGUGACCCUAGACAGACAGACACACACACACACACACACACACACACAGACAGACAGACAGACACACACACCGACACACACACACACACACACAGUAACACACACAUUCACAAAUGUAUGAUGUGCGCUCUCCCAAGUCCUGAAGGACUGUAAUGCUAUUGGUCACACCCGAGAGACUGUCAUGUUAUUGGUUAUGCAUCUCCACCCUCUUAUUGGCUCUUUCUCAGGUUUCCAUGGCAACCAGCCAGCAGAUGGAUGACCUGUUUGACAUCCUGAUUCAGAGUGGAGGUGAGAACUCAUAGCAUAAAGAAACGUUUACACCUUUAGCUCCUUGUCCUAACCCUGAAGGGACUGACUGAGUUACGACGAUCUGGUCUUUUUCAUAUCUGCAAGCAAUGAUAAGGUUGGAGUUUCUUUUCAGCCUGUGUUAUAAUACAGGUGAAUAAUCUUUGCUAUCCUAUUCCUGCCUCUUCUCUCCUCCAGAGAUCACUCCGUUCAUCCAGCAGGACCUGCCUUCUCUAAGUACUAAGACUGUCCCUGUCACAGCCAACAUCUCUACCCUCCCUGUCAACACCGCCCUGUCCAGACCCCCUCCACAGAUCCAGGUAGCUCCCCCUCACAUCCCUCCCUUCAACCCCCUGCCCCUCCCCAGCCUGGCCUCCGACAACCAGCUGGAGGCUUUCCUGGAGGGGACUCUGAACUACCCGUCCCCAACCACGGACCCCCGCACUCUAGGUCUGAUCGAGGAGCUGCAGUCCCAGCUCCUGGAUCAACCCUACUCCCCCAUGGACACCUCGGCGCUGUCCUUCUGCGACUCCACAUCUCCCCUUUCCUCCCUCAACAUGGGCCUGUCCGACACAGUCCUGGACAACAUGGAGUGGCUGGACCUAAGCAUGCCGCCCGACCCCGCGGGGGGGCUCACGCCCCUGGAGAUUCCUUCAGACUUCCUGGAUACACACGACCUGCAGCUGCACUGGGACUGA